GCCUUUUCAGAAGACAGGAAAAAAAAUCACCAGUUCAUGUAAGGACUGCAGUUCCAGGAGAUGCACAAUCUCAGUCUUCUCCAAAUCAGGCGGUUUAAUUUCUAAAUACAAGAAUUUCAAAUGGGGAGACCUGAGUAAUCGGUCAAGUUUAUGACAUCCUGCACUAUACUGUAAGUACAGCAAUUAUUUUAAACACAUUUAUAAUUCUGUAGGAAUAUCUGAAAUGAAUUUGUAAAAUUGAUCAUGUUUUAAUUCAAAGUAAAAUUAGCUAGCUUAUUUAGUUUGGGGAGGAAGGAGGCAUGGGAUAGAAAGCAACAUUUGCCAAGUUACCUUAAGCAAAUUAUUUUUAACCCUAAAACUGCUAAAAUGACUUAUGGCUUUGCAGGCCCCCAGACAGCAAGUCUGUUUUUACACCUUCUGUCUAGCCUUUUAUGGAAUGCAGGUACAUAAAAUAGAAUCAAUGAUUUUUCAUUUAAAACCGUGACAGUUUAAUUAGUGGGGGAAAUGUAUUUUUGUUUUGUUUUUUUGCAUGUCCACCUCCCCUAUAUAGUCUGCCUGGCUCUGUAUGGGUUAAAUCGCUAACCUGCAAUAAUUUGGAGCAUGCCAUUAAAAUCACACAUUUUUCAAUGCCAGGUGUUUUGCAAAGGGGUUAAUAAGGAGAAUUUACGAACAGAAUAUUUUUUUCUGUGUGGUGUUUCGUGCAGAAAGAGUUAAAUCUGCUUCCUGCAUUUUACAGAAGUUUGGCAUUGUUAUCUUGACUUUGCAUAUCUUUCCUGAAAUGUAUUGUGUUCUAGUUCUCUUAUUUGAAAUAUUGUUUCAAUAAGUACGAGCAGACCCCUUUAUACUUUGAAAUUGUAUUUAAAGAUUGAGUUGGCUUUGGGGCUUCAAGAAAACAGUUUUUGGUUUUUUUUUUGUUCUAAUUUAUUGAAACAAUCAGAAUUCUGCAAUAUAAACGGGCAAACCCAAAAUAUGCAGUAAAAAACCUUGCAAUAAAUGUUUCCUGCACGCUUUGUAGCAUUUGAUUAAGUGAUACUUCUCAUAGUUUAUUAUACUCUUGUUGCUUUAAACCCAACAAUAGAUUAUAUUGGCAUAAGAUUCCGACUUUUUUCAUUUCUUUGUGAAAUUAAAGGGCAAGAAAUGUACGUUUUGCUGGAAGGUUAUCCAACAAAAUGUCAGUUGAUUCAUGCGUUGAAAGGCAUAUUAUUAAAGAAAUGAUCGAUGUGUAUUCAAUUUCUCUUUAGUUUUGUCAUGAUUUUCUGUAAAAACAGUUAAUGUCUCGGAUCAUUUUCUUUAUCUAUUUGAUUUUUAUGGAGUUUACAAAUGGAUGUCACAUGACUUCUUUUCCACCAAGUAAGUACAAUAGUUUUGCUGACUAGGUAAAAUUUUACAUAACGAUUUCUGAGGAAGUAAUUUAGCCACAUGCUGCAGCGAAAAGUCUGUUACAUAGUGAGAACAGAAGAACUAAUAUAAAAAGUUUAUAAAUGUAAGGGUUGUUUAAUUUUAUUCAAGUUGUUACAGGUAUAUGUACUACAGUGUAGAGAACGGAGUAAACUAUUGAUACAUACAGCCAUAUGAUAAGUUCUAUGAAUAAGGGAAAGGUAUAGGUACGGAUUAUUUCGAACUAUAGAAGAGGUUUAAAGUAAGAGGUUAUAUAAAACAAUAUAGCGGGUUGUCUGUGGAUACAGGGCUUGUACUAUAUAAACCAUUGUGAACGGUUAAAUAGGGCAGGGUAGGCAACCUUCACUCCAGAUGUUGUGAACUGCCUCCAUCAUGCUUUUAUAGCCAUAAUGACAAAGCCUCAUCGGAGGUGUACUCCAAAAAAGUGCUGGAAUUGCCUACCCCUUAUAUAGAGCAUAGGAGGCAUCAUAGACGCAUGUUAAGUUGCACAAUUAGAUGUUUACGGAGAGGAUAUAUGGAAAGUAGGAGAUAUAGGAAGACUCUAUAUGGAGCAAUAGGAGGUGUUAUAGAGCCGAUUUGGUAAGCAGGGUUAGAGGGAGAGAUUCCAGGGCAGAGUAAAUGGAGUUGGUUAAGGGAGAUUUUAUAUGGAGGGGUUGAGUAGAGCGUUUAUUUAGCAGCAACUGAAGACAUGCAGUUGUAGAAGGAGUAACGGGGAGAGAGAGUAAACUGCAAAAAACCUAGAGUUAAGUGAGAUGUUAUGUGUAGGAGGAGUGAGCGGUUCUAUGGUGCAGUAGAUGGUGGCAUAAGAAUAUAUGGCACAGUAGGUGGAGUUAUAGGUUAUAUGGAUCAAUAAGUGAAGUUAUAACGAGAUUAUAUGGAGCAGUGGUGGAAUUAGAGACUGUAGGAAAAUGUAUAGAGGUUAUAUAGACCAUUAAAGGAUUCAUUAUAGAGCGGUUAUAUGGACCAUUAAAGGAGGCAUUAUAGAGAGGCUACAUGGACCAUUAAAGGAGGCAUUAUAGAAGUUAUAUAGAGAAGUAGGUGGAGUUAUAAGGCAGUUAUAUGAAGCCGUAAAGGGAGGUAUAAGAAUAUAUGGCGCGGUAAGUGGAGUUCCAGAGGUUAUAUUGGCAAUAAGUGAAGUUAUGAAGAGAGGUUAUAUGGAGCAGCAGGUGGAGUUAGAGACGUAAUGGAGUUAUAGAUAGUUAUAUGGAGCAGUUAGAGAUUCCAAGCCACAAUACAUGGAAAUACAAAAUAAGGGUAAGAUAUGGAGCUACGUGUGGACUUCUAGAAAGAGGUAAUAUUCAAAACAAAGAUGGCUUGUUAGGAGAGGUUAAAUGGAGCAGUAGGAGUGAGAGUGGCUGUUUACAGCAAUUGUUUUGUUGGGUAGUGUAAUACAAUUGAUUUUAGAGAUCUUAUUUUUUGUAAAUUGAGUUGGAUAUAGGUUAUGUAGGAGUUAAAUGGAGAAAAAUAAACUCUUAUGGGGCAAAUUUUAAUGAACUAGUUAGAAUUGGGGAGCGAAUCAGGUCAGUGAAAUGAAUAAUUUAGUGUUUAUUCAGAGCAGCAUUAAGGAUUCUAAGAAUUCUAGAAUCUUGACAGGAAGGUGGUUUGUAAUAGGGUGUGGUUAUGUGGAAGGACAGAAGUCUCCUCAGGCUCCAUCCUUAAAAUGUAACAAAAUAUCAUGGAUUUGUACUGAAAUCUAGAAGAGUGAUGGGUCCCAAACAGGUUGCUGCUGUGCACAGUGUAGGAAGGGAAUGAGUUCUUGAAUUCAUAUUAUUUCUCUUCCUCCACCUCUUUUUCUUUGUCUGUUUUGUGUUAAUGUCUGCCAUCCCCCACCCCCUUCCAUCACCCAGUAUGUUAGACACCUGAAUGCAGACAGUGAUCCGCAGAGGUUCAGACGGUCUGGAAUUCAGCCAUAUAGGCAGACUUUUUAUUUAUUUACUAAACCGACAGCCUUGUUUUACCCCCACCCUCCCCUGUCCUGAGGUGCACACACUUUCUGCAAGCUAAUUCAUAUCACUGUCUCCUAUCAGCUAACAAAUGUCUGUUUAAUAAUAACAGCUACAAAUAUUGUACAACAAUGCUAGAUAUUUUACGUAUCCUUGAAGCUUACUUCCUAUUGCCUGUAAUCAUGUUUUUGGUGAGGUAUUUUUUGUGGCAGAAAUCAUAAUAAAAUAUAAAGGUAAAUGAAGUAUAGAAAUUGUUAAUGCCCGAAUAGCUGCUGUUGUGACUUUUUUAUUUCCUUUAACUCCUUAAGAACAAGAAAUAAGGGAAAUCACUUGAGAUUAUUGCAUUCUUUGCCAUUGGUUCUUAAUGGGUUAAAACAUGCCAUACAAUUCAGUACUGAUCAUGUGCAGCUUUGUACUCCCCCCUGACAUAUUGUAUUAACACUCUAAUGCAUGGCUUAACCUUUUCAGUGCUGGAGGCAACAAACCAAAGAAAGCAGCUUGUGGUGCACAUAUUAAAUGUUUGUUGAAAUAGAAUAUAAAAAAGUAAUCCGUCAUAAAUGGUAAUCAAAAGAUUGUUUAUUAAAGCGUAAUGAACCGCACUGUUAUUGAGAAACAAAUUUAGUUUUAACAAUGUUUGAAAAUGUGCAUACACAUCAUGUUGUAAAUGUCAGGCAUACUGUUCUAAGGGAUGGCAGCAUAAGUGGCAGAUAAUUUGUUGCACAUUUUUUUUUAAAAUAGCCAUUUUACUUUCCUGCAGUUAGACUACAACUCCUUUAAUCCUUUGCCGGUUUUGAAACUGAGAAUAAUUAGAAUGGGAUACAAAUCAGAGGGAAAAACACAAAGAAAAGUGGCUGAUGGAUGUACUAUCUCCAUUUCUAGUCCACUGCAAAUGUAUCUGCAAGACUGAGCAAGAGGCUCAGGGGGCCCACCAUUAUUUUGACUAUUAGCUGAUAGGCUAGUCCGAGCCUGUAUUUAUGUUUCCAUCAAUCUCUUACUUUGCUUGCAUUCAAAAAUGCAUUAGAAUGUCAGGGAAACAUUCACUCCUUUUUACUUGUAAUAUAGUUGACCUUUUGUCUUUAGUGUUUGACAAUGAAAAUAAAACCUGACAAGUUAAUGUGAUUUAUAAUUGGCUUUAUAUACCGUGUAUAAAUGUCAUACUGCCAGUAUCGUAUAAUGAAACUUUGUGACAUCAAUUUUUUUUUUUUUCCUUGCUCCAAACAAAUGCAAAGGAUUGCUGGUCAAAGCCAUAAUUAAUUAUUUUUUUGUUUUUGUUUUGAAAAACCACUUCUUGUCUAGUUAAGAUUACUUUGUAAAUACAUAGCAUAACAGAAAAUUGGAAAUGCAACAGAUCUCACAUACCCAAUCUCAGCUUUAACCCUGGCAGUUUUGGCAAAUUCACGUUUUUGCGCUUUAAAAUAUACACUAUAGGGAGGUUAUACUGGUUUUGUUUUGUGUUUUUUCAUGCAGCUUGAUAUGUCCUUUUAUUUUUGCUGUAGCUGUUUAUUUUGACAGUUCUUCACAUUCCUUAACCAAAGGAAGAUUGAAAAUAUCAAAUUUUUAUUGGGAAUGGGUGUUUUAUCACAUUCUGUGGCAAGAAACCCAAUGUUGGUUACAUUCCUUUGACAAAUUUUCUAAUUCUUGUCUGGCAAACACUGUUUUUAUUUUUUUUAUUUUAUAUUAAAGGAAGAACGGGUGACAUAGCAGAUAAAGCUUGUCGCUUGUCAAAAUGCUCAUUAACUGCAGUGUGAUCUCCCUACAUCAAAGAGACUGUAUGGCAGUAUAAAGUGAUAAAAGCUAGACUGACGAAAUAUGGCUGACGUGAACGUAUUUCCUUUUUCCCCAAACUUGCUCGAUCCCCCAUCCUAAUGAGAAAAAUGUAAAUCUAUAUGGGGUCCCUUAAACAGUUCUCUACCACUCCACUGGAUGAGUGAAAACUGUUAUUGCUACGACUUAUUUGUAAUGCAAAACCAUAUUCCAUAGAGCAGGACAAUGGGUGAUCACGAUAUACAAAUAGAUUCAACAAGGUAUGUUUCCACAACAAAAAUAACAGGAAUGGAUGUGUCACAAUGCCCUCCUUCAACUUUAAAGUUGUAUACAGCGUAUGAAUGAGUUAAUAUGCCCAAUACCUCUCCCCAGUCCUGCAGCUUACGAAUAGGUCAUACCAUAGUUACUAUUUGUUAAAGGCCACCUGGAUUUGCCAAUAAGCAGAGUAGGCACCUACCUACAGAUGCUUAUUUACAAGGGUUGAUUACUUUGCACCUGUAGGCACUGGAAAUGUAAAUCUGGCCCUGAUUUAGGAAAGGGGACAUCCUUUAGAAUGAAAGCUCACGGGCUAUCUGGCUAAUCACUUUGUAUAAAAGAGCUUCAGUGGCUAGAUAUCGGCUUACGGGCAGGGCUCUCUACAUCUUGUAUUUGUCUGUGUAUAUUGUAAGUUCUCUACUAAUUGUACAGCGCUGUGGAAUCUGUUGGCGCUUUAUAAAUACCAUAGAUGCGUAGGAGUAGGCAUUUGGUAGCAGAUUUUUUUUUUUUUUUUUUUGAGGGCAUGCAAUCAUUUGCCAAAACCACUCACAAUUAUAUGCAAUAUUAAAGGGCACAUAAUUUUGGGCAAGGGAUUAGUGACCCAUUUUCAUUAUUGAUAGCAAUAUUGUAGAUCGAGCAAGGCCAGUAUAUGAAUUUCCACUGAAAAGGCAACAUUGUAUUAAACCUGCAUCCUGUAGGUAAAACCCAUCUUUACAUGUUCUAUAUCGGUGUUGAAAAUAUGCAUACUGUUAAUAGAAUAGGUGUCGGUAAUAAACAAGGUUAUAUUCUAUAUAGAGGCAUCAAUGAUACAUAUUACUUGUACAUAAAGUAGUAGUGUAUUUGUCAAACUUAUCAGAAAAAAAGCCCCAGAUAUUUCUUUCAACAUCAGUUGUGUAAUGGAAUAUGUCACAUUUUGUAUUGAUAAGAAUUAAUCCUAUGAGAAGAAACAAAUGGAUUUCCCAACUUACUGCUCAUCACAACGUAAUCAACCACUCCCAAAUUCGCGUUCAUUAUAAAUGCUUAUUAAUUGCAAUCCCUUUAUAUCAAAGACUGCAAGACCAACCGGAAGCUUAAGACUGCUGGUCUAAGUCCUGCUGAAAUAAAUAACUAUCUGAAUAAGGGAAGUAAAUUAUGUUUUGGAUCCCCAGGAUUUCAUAUGAAUGAAACCCCAACAUAAUCAUCCCACCCCAAUUAAAAUUCAGUGUAUAUUAAUCUGAUCUUACAGAAUACAGACCACCACUAGUUUUGUGCUUCUACAGAGAGGUUGACAAAAGGGUGAUUUAUAUUUUAGACAGAUAAAUACACCAAUUUAGUUUUAAGAUCAUGCAUUUCUACAUGGUGAACAACAGGCAACAAUCAGGGCUGUACUUUGGGGCAUUUAGACAUUGUAAAUUCAUAUAUGCCCCUGCUGUAGUGAUAAAGGAACAAUACGUGUGUGUAUAUGUAGUCAUGGAAUACAUACUAUGCGUGGUACGACCAUUUUAUGACACCAAUUUAUUGCCCAUGAUGAGUACAUCAUAUUGAGAAUAUAUUGCCAUCCAUUCUUGGAUUUGAUAAUGGUGAGUUUCAAGGCUUCAAUUAUAAAUGUUCAUUCCUUUAUAGAAACAAGGGCACUUGAGUUUCCCCAUCUGUAAUUACUGGUGUAUUGGGAGAAAAAUAUCACAAUAUGUAGAGAGACUAGAGAAGAGCAUAAAAGACUAUCUAUGCUCGGCUCACCGCACUGCCUCAAUGGCUUCAACCACAAAGCCUCCUUGCUCUACACUUUCAUUACUGUUUGGCAGUGCUAGCCCCUGCAGCAUGUUCCACUAGACGUGAUUGAUUUAGUUUCUUGGUAAUGAAACCUAAAAUUGCGUCUUUCAAAUGUCAUCUGAGCUCUGGUGUCAAACAUGGCACUCUUUGAUUGGGUGAUGCUUUAAUUGGAGGCUUGCUGGUCAGAAGGCACUUUACAACCACCUUUCCUGCUGAAAGCAAACAGUAGUUUAUCUAAAUCAAAAGUGGCUUAUGUAAACUACAUUUUGUUUUUCUGCUCAUCUAAGCAGAAAUUAGAAAAAUAAAAUGUUACUGUUUCUUUAAAAUGCAUUUGAUUUAUUUUUCAUGGCCCUAUGUUAAGAACUGUGUAAUAAAUGUAUAACAAUUUGACAAUGUUGCAUAUGAGCCUGAGCUAUAUUUCAAAAUGUAGGAUCAUCUUUUCAGUGAAACGAUAAAACCACGGAAUAUCUAAGCUGAAUCGGACCCUAGUUUCAAAAUUAGAAUGUUACUAAGCAUUAAAACUUGUAGUUCAGCUGUUCUCAGUAAUUUUUACCCUUUGUGGGCUUUACAGCAAGAAUUACACAUUUUCUGAUGUGAUUGAUUUUAUGAUUGUUGGGUGUAAGAAAUUGGUGGCAGCCACAUGUAACCCAGCUAGUGGCUGCAUGCCCAUAGACUAACAAGAGAACCUGUUUUGGCUGGUAUUACCCAUAUUUGGAGUAUUUUUUUUUUUUUUUCAGACAUUGGUGAUGACUAUACAUUUUUGUUUUUUUACUGUGUGACUUUAUGUGACAGUAAUGUUUACAUGUAGAGAUUGUUUCCCCACAUAGAAUCUGCCAAUCGUUUUCAGGUAUUUAAAUAGCUGGCUAUAUGUUUUACGAACACUGGCAUUUUUCUCACAUCUGAUUCAAUUACUUCAUUAAAGUUAUGCCAUGCAAUUCAACAUAUCUGGCAUUUUAAUCCAUUUUGUACCAUAGUUUUGGCAUGAAUUUCUAAUUGCAAAGGGCAAGGGAGCUAAUAGGGUUUCAAAAUAUAAAUGCAUGUUUUUAGCAUUCUACAAAACACUUUUUAUUUAUUUUCGUAUAAAUAUUGCAUCACUAGAACAAUAACACACUUUUGAUUUUAGGGGUAAAAAGUGCACCCUCUUCUGUUCUAAUCAUCUGAUCGCACAUGAUUGCUAACUUGCAAGAAAAAGUAACACUUCAUCCAAAUAUGCUUUCACUUACAUCAAAAGGUUUCACACAGGUUUUUUUUUUUUUUUGACAUGACACCUUGGUAAUUUCCCAUCAUGUCAGUUUUUCUGUAGAAAUGCCAGUCUAACAAAAUUUUGCUUUAAGGUUUGCUUCAGAUACCAGCAAGCAAUCUUAACCUUCCUAUUGGUUGCAAGAUGACUGAAAUUGGCCAAUAGGAAAAGGUCUUUUGUCUGCAGUAUUUGCGGCUCAGUAUCUGUAGAAUAACCUGCGUCAAAGCUAUGGGAGAGCCAGUGUUAUGUGUAAAAACCAAUACUUAAAAUACAUAUUUUCACUCCAACAUAUUACUUUCUAAGGAUAUCCAUAGUGAUUCAUUAGCAUAAGUCAUACUAACUGUAAUUCUGAUCCUAGGUAUUUUACAUUUAUUCUAAUGUAGGCCCAGAUAUUUCAGAUCCUCACCACAGGCUACAUUUUUGGUAGUUCCGGUGUUGAAGUUUUGGUAAAAUCUCAUCUUCCAAAAAAAGUGUCAGUCCCAUGAAAACUAUUUAAUAAACGGUGACCUUUCAUGUUAAGGAAAUUAAAAUGAAGUGUGACAUAUUUUCUAGCCUUAAUAAGGUUAUUUUUAAUGCUAUUUUUUUUCUUUAUUUACAUAUGCAAUGUUUGAGAAAAAAAAAAAAAAGACCCUUUAAAAUACAAAAGUGAAAAAUAAAUGACUACACACUGAAAGAAUUUGUAUUCUCAUCACAAUUUAGGGAUCUUUAUAAACGUUGUGGUGUUUUAGUGCAUGUCCCCCAAGCCUUUAGAAACCUAUUAUUUGUUUAAGAGAAAAGCUCUAUCUAAACACUGUCUCUAAACAAAAAUAAGCCAUGUAGCCCAAAUUAUAUAUAAUCUCCAAAGGGAGAAAUUAUUUUCAGACACUUUGUCUCUGAAACACGAAAGGCCAUAAUGGAGCAAUUCUAGUAUAAAGUACCGUACUUAAAUAGAGCAAAUGUAGUAGCAAUCAAUGAAGUUUGAUUAUGACAGUACAAAAAUUACUCUUGUUCUACUUUGGUAAAUAUAGCCAUAGGUGUUUUAUCAAGAUAAAAGAAUUAGAUCAUUUAUGUGGGAAUGUGCUCAAUCAUCCCAGAGACAACCCACAUUAUUCUAAUAAUGGCUCCUAAUUCAGGGCUGAUAAAUAUAUACUUUCAUGUAUUCAAAUAUACAGGACGAGAUUUCCUCUCCCCACCCCCCAUAUUAUAUUAACAGGGUUACACUAAAACUGAGGCACAUGAUGGCAGCAUGACAAAAUACAAUGUGUAAAAAAAAAAAAGUCCCAAUAAUGAGUUUAAUUUUCAUAUGUGCAAUAACUAAAAUCAGUAUAGCGCUACUGUAUCUAAUAGUGAAGACAAAAGCACACUUUGCAGUUUGUUACAAAAUAAAUAAAUAAUUGGCAUGCAGAUUUAAUUUAUGAAUAUAUUUGCCAAGUCAUGAAAUUUGGCCCAGUGAUAUCUGACCGCUCACUAAUUUAACUAUUUACACACAAGUAAUUCAUAAAUUACUACUAUUUUUAAAGAGAAUUUCUUUUAAAAUAUAUGUAUAUAUUUUUGCAUUUUAUUGGCAUAUAAAUUACCAAUAAUUUGCAGCAUACUUUGCUCUCACCUUCCGCUUCUCGUGUGUGUUUCACUGGGGCCGUAUAACAAUAACGUGAGGAGUUACAAAUGGCAAUUACAUGUUGUAAUGGUAAGUAGGGCAUGGAUACAUCACCAAAUGGGAGGAGUCACAGCAUGUUCUUGUGGCAAUGGAAGGGCGGAGUGACUAAUGAAGCGCUUUGUGCAUUACACUUAUAAAAUGUAUAAAGUGUAGUGGGCUUUUUUAUUUAUUUUUUUUUUUUAAAUGUAUUUUUUUUUUUUUUUUUCACUGGGCCAUAAAAGAUUAAAAGGAGUUCUUCCUGAUAGCUCAGCAGUCCUUAUCUGCUUUCUUUUUCACUCUGCCCUGCAUUGCUUCAGCACAAGACAAAUGGUUAUCCAAUGAAAGCUUAAAGUUUGUGAUUUUUAGCCUUGUAGAAAAUGUUAUACCUCAUUUAUUUAGUGAACGUUUUCUACAACAGACUUUAUUUUCAUUUUUCAGUUGCAUCUGCCUUGCAUUCCCUGUGUAAGAAUGAAGACAGGAUUAACACUCCGUUAAGUGGUACCCAUUCCUGCUCGUUAUGUGCUGCUAAUUUGUGUAAUUUGACCAGAAUUCACCUAUAUCAGUGAAAAAUUUAAUGUCAUUAUAGCCAUGAUUUUGAUUUAAUAAAAAAAAAAUCCGGUUUCCAUAGCUCCAAACCCUCACUAUUUAGGAGGGAGGGUUCUAUUUGUGUCCAAAUCACAUCCAUCUUUUCUGUAUUUACUUCACAUGUCUCAGAUACAGCUUUUUGUAAUCGGUAUAUCCAUAAAAUGUUAACCCUUUACAGCUAGGAAUAACUGAGCACUGUAAAAUCCAAUCUGAUAAAAGAUGAUCUGUAAUAUAACCAUGCUUGAUAUUUUAAAAUGGAAGCAUACACGCAAAUAAUCCUCACCAGUUAAUCUCCGGUCUUAUCUUUGGUCAGGAGAACUAUUUAUUUAUUUGACAACACCGUGUGUUUUUGAGAUCCUCUAUUGCACAUCAUUCAUGAUGAACACAUGAACUCCUAAAUAUUUGCAGAGUUUUGUUUGCUAAAUUGUGCCUUCAAUCAAAGAGGCAUUGAUGGCUGCCCCAUAGAGUAAGGGACAUCUGAGAGUUGUUGUAAAAAGAGAAAAUUGAGGGAGGAAUUGUGGGAGGGGUUACCCAGCCUAAUUAAACUUAAGCCACCCUCUCCUAUAGCCAUGACAGCCUGAUUCAUCCCAGCCACCACUCCCUUCAUAAAUGUAUACCUCCUGGAAUGCUCUAUUUAUUUACAGGCCUACCUUAGUCUCUUUCGGCACAUCAUUACCAACUUUGCACUCUCUGCCUUUGUUCCUGACCCCAAAUAUAUAUAUAUAAUUUAGUAAGCAUAUUCUAGGUCACAUGGUGAAAAAAGAAUUACUCUUUACUAUGACAGAACAUGUUUUCUAUGAAACUUUCUAAACUAAAAUCAUCAGAUCUUCCAUUCUGCCAGAAAACCUUGGUUAAUGAAGUAUGAAAUAGAAAAAGCUCUCUGCAUUUUAAAAAUAAUUGAGCAUAAUUAAAAAUAAGUGCUCCCUAACACACUGCUCCUCAAACCAGCCAUUAUAGAUCACACAACAGUUGGUUUAGAUUUUUUCCCAAUUUUUCUCAGAGGGGGAUAUCCCUAAAAUCUGGAACAUAAGUGGGUCUUGAUCACUGUUUUUGGAAGCACUAUCUUAAAUCGGGUCCAGCAUGGGUACUCUAAUUUUUGAGUAAUUGGAUAAAUAUAGAAACUGUACAAGUAAAAACACAAGAAUUGUGUUUUCUCUACACAUCUGCUUGUACAACCAUUGGAUCGUUCACAGAAUGCAAUGCACAUAGGUGUUUAUUGCUUUCUUGAAAAAGUAAAGUGCAUUUUGGAAGCAUGGAUAUGUGUACAUAGAGGGUAAGAGUGAUUUAGAAAAGACUGCAACUUAAGUUAAUGUUCUAGUGAAUUUAUAUUACAUUUUAUUCAUCUCCUCAAACAGAUCUUUUAAUUCCAAUAUCUAGGAAAGGCAGAUGCAUCUUGAUUUUGGAAAAUAAAGUAAUUAAAAGUGUCUGUCCAGGAGGUUUUGGGACUAAUGCAUCUGAAACAUCCUACAUACAAUAAAAAACAAUAUUUGCAUAGAUGUACAUUCAGAAUUUGAGUGUAGCACAAGCAUGUACAUUAGACCUCUAGAAAAACAUGAACAUUUAUAGGAAGGCUUGGUGGAGCAUCAUGGCACAACAACCGAUGCAGGUAUCUAAUGUAUAAGUGGGAUGUGCUGAAAAUGGUUGCGCGGGCCCUGUGUGUUGUGGUGCCAGCACAUUGACCUUGGCUCACAAAGCUUUGUCUUUAUCUACCAGAAUUACUUUUUCUUUCCAAGUGCUGUUGCUUUCUGUUUGAAAUGACUUCGACCAAUGAAAGCACGUGUCUCGUUCAGAUGAGAGCACUCAUUUCAAUGACAUCUUUAUUCUUCAACUGAUUAUAUAUUCAAGGGCAUUAAAUCAACACAGAAUUUUCAAUUCUAAUUGAGCUUGUGUGGAGCAUGGUGGGGAGGGAAAUAAGUGAGGUCUUUGUAAGACGUCUAAGUGAAUAUUCCCUUUGUUUUUAUUUUGUUAUAAUCCCAAGAAUGAGAAACCUUCUUUGUAGUAAGCCUCUGGUAUUUAUUCUUUUUAUAUAGAGUAUGUAGCCAACAAUUUGAUUGUCAACAUAUCUGUUUGGAGCACUUUGUGUCGUAUUUCUAUUCUUAUUUGGUUGUCUAUUGAUAUCUUGAUCUUUUGGAGAUCAAUAACAUCGCUUCCUUUCUUCCCAAACUAUAGGAGUAGGUCCAAUCUGCUUCUCUAUCCCAUGAGCUGAGACUAAUGUAAGCCAAUAGAAAAAUAUUGAGCAGGGUAACCCAUUGUCCUCUUUAAAAACUAAUGCUGGAUUGUUGCAUUGCCCCCUCAUCAAUCACUGUACCCCAAAGUGAGGAGUUAUAACUAGCAGCUGUGCGCUUUUUCCAGUUUGGAAUGUGAAGCUUGCAUUAUGUAGUAAAGGCAUAUAAAGAAAUAAUCACAGUAGUCGUUUGCAUUCAUAUUAAAGCCCUGCCUCUUGAUAAAACCUGUGAUUCGCUGCCAUAGAAUAUCAGAGGAGCAGUUGGAAUAUGCUGAGCGAUUUCAGCCAGUCAAUUGGCUCUGACCCUGUUAACAGGGAAAAAUGAGAAUUUCACCUGAGCUGCAGUUUUACUCUGAACAGGACGGGAGGAGUUGUGGUCAUAGAGCUUGAUGGUGUCAAGCAUUAUUUUACUAUUUUAAUUUGACAAAAUGUAAGGAUACCUAAUCACCAAAAGAAUAUGACCUUCCAAUUUAUUUGAAAACUUACUUCAAAGGAAUUGGGUGUACUCUGCUACUGUACUUUAUGGGCAUUGAUGGCCCAGUAAAAAAAAGGGGGGGUGAGGGGGCAUUGUUUUAUCCCUAUCACAAGAAUUUUUCUUUUUAAAGGACCACUCUAGGCACCCAGACCACUUCAGCUUAAUGAAGUGGUCUGGGCGCCAGGUCCAGCUAGGGUUAACCCAUUUUUUCAUAAACAUAGCAGUUUCAGAGACACUAGAGGCGCUUGCGUGCUUUUCACAGUGAGAGCACGCCAGCGUCCAUAUGAAUGCUUUCCUAUGUGACCGGCUGAAUGCGCGCAGCUCCUGCUGCGCGUGCGCAUUCAGCCGACUGGGAGGAGAAGAGGAGGAUCGGAAGAGAAGAGCUCUCCGCCCAGCGCUCGAAAAAGGUAAGUUUUAACCCCUUUCCCCUUUCCAGAGCCAGGCGGGAGGGGGUCCCUGAGGGUGGGGGCACCCUCAGGGCACUAUAGUGCCAGUAAAACGAGUAUGUUUUCCUGGCACUAUAGUGGUCCUUUAAGCAACUCAAAUAUUAACAAAUGGGAUAUAUUUGUGUGUGGACAACUGACUUGACAACUCAUUUGUCAUAGCAAAGCGCUGGACUAACUUGUUAAUUUUGGAGCCUAGAAAAAAUAUAAUGUGCAUUGUUGAGGAAAAUGGGAUUCUGAAAAAAAAUCAUGCAUUCCUAUUUUAAGUUAUAAAAACUCUGUAUGAAUGAACCACCAUGGCAGGAGUAAAAUUAAUUUUGAGUGAAUUAAAACACAAUAAUCACCAUGACUAUUGGCUGCCAUAACAUGAACUUCUGAGACACUCAAUUGGCUAUUUAACACACAAGCCCAAGUAUUCUGUGUAAACUUCUCUGGGAAUGACAAAAAUGGACAAGUAUGCUGCAUACAGCAUGCAUUGCUUCCAAAAGUGGUGGACUUUGCCACGGCAUCAGAACGGCAGGCAAGGGAGUGGCGUGAUGACUGGUGGUGGGGAUUUAAAGAUCUCCCUCACUAGCCAGCCCACUCUACUCUCCAUGCCCCUACUCAAUCUAACCCACUUGCCCUGAUCUAUUGUAUCAGGCAUUGUCACUGGUUAUUAUGGCAGUGCUCUGAUACAAAUCUCGGGACUGCCGAAAAGCGGUGUCUGCAACUACAGGGGGUGCAGACUGCAACAUUUCCCGCCUACCACCAGCUAUCAAGGAGGGGGAAAAUACACUUCAGUCUUUUUUUUUUUUUUGCUUCCCCCAAUACAGCCCCUCAGCCUUUAUCACCAUCUACCCCUAUACCACACUAGUCACUACCCCAACUAUUAUGACCACUAUAGCCAUUAUCCCCCUACUACAGUACUAUUCUGCACUCACCACUGCCUCUGUCCCUCACUACAGCUCCUAUACCUUAACUAUUGCCACUAUUCCCCCAAUGUAGUCGCUACCCCAUCAUUGUAGCCGCUAUCCACCUCCCACUUUAGCCAUUGUCUCCACUAUAUCACCUAUCCCCACUACUGCAGCUGUCGCUCACUACAGUCCCUAUCCACCUCUACAGCUUCCAGCCCCCUGCUGUAGAUCCCGUCCCUCCUAGUAUUUACACUAUCAACACACUGGUAGAUUUCCCCCCCUCAACAAACAUAAGAGCUCUUCUGCACAUUCACAAUGCAAUCAUUAUUCCCCUCUCCUUACUUCUUACAAUACAGCCAAAAUAUCCCUACAUAAGUUCUGCUGCCCAAGUUUUAUUCCCAAACACAUUAUACCCCAUAUGUAUCCUACUGAACUUAUCCCCCAUAUUCCUUCCAGCACAUUCAUGCUCCAUAACCUACACACUACAGCCAUACACAUAAAACGCACAGACACUUCCCCACAACAGCCUCACCCCCACACGUGCAACCUUAAAAGUAUUAUUCCCUCCACAGCCCCACAAGCAGUAUCUACUGAAAACAGCAACACCAGAACUAGCCUUCCCUCACAAAUGCAAUACAUAAAGCAGAUUCCCCACAAAGGUGCAACUUCACAAGCAGCACUUGUACACACACCCUCUUCCAGCAUUUAUCAUCUAAAAUCCAUUCAAUUAUACUCAGGAUAGUCAUGUGUGUAUAUUUGUUUGAGGAAACUGGCCUUGGGGCAGCAUUGCUAACCCAUGGUAUGUAGCAUGGAAUUGGUUAUUACCUGUAUUUUUCAGUGUAGCAGACGCCACCCAUGUAUAAGACAACCCCUAUUUUUUUUUUUUUUGAGCCCAAAAUUAAGAAAAAAUAUUUUAGAGGUGACUUCUUAGGAGAACACACUUCUGAUUCUUAUGACUCCACUCUGCUACGGUUCUCUGUAAAGUUAAUGGCUCUAUAGUGCAUGCUGGGAGACAACUCCCACAAUACAGCAGUUGGUGUGAUGGCAUGGUGGGACAUCACAGUAGUAUCCCCAUUUCCUCCCUCAUUAAUAUAAAUCAGAAAGCAAGGCCUACCUUAGGUGGAGCAAACCUUAAUAUGGAUGCUCCUUUUAUGGUGUGGCAUGUCCCUGGUGCUCAGUUUGUGGUAAGUGCUGAUGUCUGCUGCAGCUCUGAUGCAUAUAGGGAUCUCUUCCUACUUGCCACAGCGUUCAGAAAUGGAUCGGCGGAAGGGAGGCCAGGUAUGUGUGUGGCACACUGAAGUGCAACAGGCAUAAUCUUGGCUUCGGCCCCACGCACAAGUUUUUAUUUAUUUUUAUUUAUUUUUUAAACCCCUGCAGUGACAUUCCAUGGUGAAGACGACCUCCAAUUUUAGACUAAAUUUUGUUUGAAAAAGUCGUAUACAUAGAAAAAUACAGUACAUUCAAUCCUUGAGAUUGUAAGGUCAAUGCUCAGAAAUGCUCAUUGUGAAGUCUAUAGAAAAUUAGUAAAAUGCCAUUCAACACUUCUGACCCAAGUAGCAUCUACUCAAUGAGGUUGUCUAACUAGAAACACUGUUCUUAUGACAUGACAGUCAGACAGGACAGCAAAGAUUUUGCAAUCAUUUCCAAUCAUUUCCAAACAUCCAUCAGAUGUUUGAGGAGUGUACAUAACAGAGGUAUGGCUUUUAGACAAUGAACAAUAUCGUUCCACUCUGUAUGAUUAACCAUGAGUGUCGGAUCUAUUGAGUGUUACAUGCUUUUAGCAUCACAGUGCGGAUAGGUUCAAACUUGAUUGACCCUGUUUAGAGGCAAAAGGUUUGAAUUAAUCUGUCAUCACUGGUAAGAACAAACCGUACUUAAUGUGCCAUUAAACUUAAACAAAAAAUGUAAAAUUACAUACAUUUGCAUCUUUAAAGGUGCACUUUGAAUAGUGAAGAAAAAAGGAAAACCAGAAAGUCCACAAACACACGGUACACUUCUGGUCUAGCCUUAAAAAGCAUAUAAGCAGGUUUUUCCCCGGCUGACCGGCCACAAGGGUUGCACAGAGCGCAUUUUAGUGGGGAUGCGGGGUGCCUGUUCUGCGACAGUUGUAUGUGGAUUUGCAAGCAGGUUCUGUACUGCUGCUGGAGGUGGGAUAUGACGUCACACCAGCAACAGUAUAGAGCAGAAAGGAUACAGGAAGUCCGUAUGAAGACUGAUCCUAGAAAUAAACCACUGGACCCCAGGGAUGAGAGGUUUCAUUCCAGUUCCCUUUCAAGGUAAAGAAAUAUAGAUAUUUUUAUUUUCUCACCCCUCCUGGGUGCUAUAGACCUCUUGGUCUGGCAUUCUGAGGGGUUUGCAUGGUAUCUCUGUUCCUAGAAUUGCAUUUUUCUGGACAGUGAUCUUGGAUGUCUCACUGGGAAUCUGUUGAAGCCACUCUCAGGACUGCCAUAACAUGGGGGUGCUCUUAUCACAAAUGGAACUACAACAGCCUUUUGUAGCAGUAGUUUGUGGCUGUGUAUAUAUGAUUGUAAGGUAUGUAAAUAUGAAUGUGUAGUAUAUAAAUGUAUGUGUGCAUAAUAUAACAAAAAUGCGUUGGCAGUGUAGAAUGAGUCUAAAAGUCUCCUUUCUUCCAGGUUCAAGUGGAAGUGAAAUGCUUCUCUAUGAGAAGCAUUUUAUUGGGUUGAGCAAAGAAUUGAUAAGAGAAGGGUUGCCACUGGAUAAAAAGGUAAUAGAACAAUUUUUUUUCUGUUUAUUUAUGGGGGAAGAUUUCUAACAUUUGGAGGGUUAAAGGUUAAUUCAAAAGUUCUAACUGAAUAUCAGUAUUUUUACAUUGAAGUGUUCCUUUAAACACACAUUUAUACUGAACUUUUCUCUGACCUUAGAUUUUAUACUUUCUAACACUGCCAAAUCCUGUGAGGACCUAUUUCUAAGUUGCCUUUUCCAAAUCUCCAGGCUCAUUUAAAGGACCUUUGGUGCAAAACUUGACAUCUAUGACUUUUUUUUAUUUUUUAUUUUAUUUUUUACUGCAUUUAAAAGCAAUAGAUAAAUGUUUUUUUUUUUAAAGAAUCAACAAAUUAUUAGUAAAAUGUUAUGACAGUCUUGUGAUAUUUUAUGUCAAGGUAAGGUUGGCUGGUGUAGAUAUAGACCAGGACAUAACAAACCACAAUCUGCUUAGUUUCAUCUUCAAUUACAUAAAAAAAAAAGUUCAGCUAAAAAAAGUGUUCUGAACUGGGGGCUCCAUUCUCUUUGUAGCACUGUUAUUUACUUGUCCCUGUCCCAUGUCGGUCUCAUUCUGUUCUUGUCUGUCUGUCCUACAUCCGUUUCUUUUCUGGGACAUUUGGAGUAAAACAAAUAAGUGCAUACCCCCUUAGGCAAAAUGUUUGAAUUUUUAGGACAGAAAUUGGCAGCUGUGUUUGCCACACAGCAGUAAAAUGAACCUAUCCAGUUCCUCAAAGCGUUUUAUUUGGAAAGUAUUUUAAAGAGCUGUGUAAGGUUUUACUAGCAACUAUUUAACACUGUAAACGUGCUGUCAUAAAGGGGUUAUUUCAGGUUACAAUUGGCUUUCCCUCCUAUUUCCUGAUAUUCCCAAAGCCACAUAUUGUAUGGGAUUUAAUAGAACAAUAUGUAGUUUAACUUUUUAAAGGGAUAGUUGGCAAAAUAUGUAAAAAGAACAUUUAAGUUACAGGGUUAUUUAUUCAGGGUUAUUGAAUUCCAAACUUUAGACCAGGGUAGCUGAACUGUAAUCCUAGCUGAGAAUAUAUGCAAUUUGGCUGUUUUAGUCUUAAUUUGAAAUUCACUUAGAACCUCCCUUUGGAUUCUCGUUUUAGUGAAUAACCUUGUUUACAGAAAAUACCUUUUGUAUUUAAGAAAAAUGGCAAAACAGGGUUAAAAAAAAAAAAAAUCUUAUUGUUUAUAAUCCAAGAUAUUGAAACUGUAAAUUAUUAGUUGGACAAACUUUUUUUUUUUUUUUGUUCAUUUACAUAGAUAUAUGAUUUUUUUUAUUCUCAUCGAUAAAUAUAGACCUAUCAUAACUGCACAAUUAUUGUAAAUUCGGAUAGAUAUUUACCCCAAGUUUCCCCUUCCCAAUUUUUUAUUAUUCCUUUAAUUGUCAUUUGUGUUUUAUUAUAGUAAAUACCUAAUAAUAACUAUUUGGAAGAAAAAAAGAAAAAUGCAGUUACCAUACAUUGUUUAAAGCUUGUAAAGUUUUUGUAAGCUUUCCCAAAAAGUUUUGUGUGUGUGUGUGUGUCAGUCAAUAGGGAUCGACCGAUAUUUAUUUUUUAGAGCCGAUACCGAUAAUCUGUGAACAUUCAGGCCGAUAGCCAAUAACUUACCGAUAUUCUGUACAUUUACCAUUUAAAACAAGCUAUUUUUAAAGGUAAAUGCACAAAAAAAUAAAAUAAAAACCAUUUUAAGUACUGGAAGAGAAAUAUUCCUGUAGAAACUAUUUUCUUUUUCUCUCAAAUGAAUCUUGUUAUGAAGGGAAUGGGCUUUAUCUUAUGUUUUGGUAAGCUUGACAAAAUCUUAUAAUUUUGUUUUAUUUUGUUGACUUCAACAAAAACAAUGUUUGGCAGCAUAACCUUUUUUCACUCAAAGAGUUAACCACUUGCACAUAGUGAGAGAAGGGCUAGGCAUGGAAUAAGGUAACACCCUAUGGGGUUUCUGUCUGCCAAAGAAAAGCCUGUUUAUUCUAUGUUUUAAUGCCUGGGCUUGACCUCUGACAUUGCAGUCAUUGUGUAGCCAGGUGCAGGUUUCAGUAAGGUUCACGCACUGUUAACUCUAUAGCUGCCAAUCAUGCCUACAAUAACAUGUAACAGAUUUUAAAACAAAGUUAUUUUCUUACAUUUUUACUACAUUUUAAUGCAUGCUCCUUACUAGAUGUCUAAAUAUUUCUUUAUUUUACUAAAUUAGCUUUUUCCUUUUUAGAUGGAUAGUUUUGUGUAUAAAUGUUUUUUUUAAUGUGGGAUAAAAUACACAUACAUAAUCACACACACAAACUAUAGUAUACACUGUCUGAACAGAUACUCUGCUCUACAUAAGCCACUCAUACAAACCCCAUAAUUAUCAUGUGUUUCGAUUGGAGACCCAUUUCCCAUGGUUCCACACUCUCCUAACUUUAUUCCAUAACAUAACUCGAGUCCACAAAGUUCCACAUUCCACAUGUCAUAUAAUGUCUAUUUGUACUCUUGAUCCACGAGUAGCUGCACUAAACUGUAGUGGUCACACUGAUUACCAGAGAAUGAAUGGAAUAGCGUACUGGACUACAGAAUGGAGUGGGAAAAAUAUAAUUAUUUUUUAACGUUUACUAGAUUACAAUGUUUUGGGCUAUUGCUCCCUUGGCAUUAACCUAUUAAAUCAUAGCAUGCUCUUCCAGCUGUUUGAAAUUAGUCACUCACCUCCUCAUUCCCUUAGCAUGUUACCAGUUACUGCAAUUAUGCUAUUAAUUCUGUCUGCCAUUACCUCCAAAUUCCACUGCUACUUCUAGUCUCCUCUGCCCACUUUCACCUUAGAUUGAAGCUCACGGGCAGGGCCCUAUAUCUUUUUGUAUUGGUCUGUUUACAUUGUAUUGUCUCUUUCACAAUUGUACAGUGCUGUGGAAUAUGUUGGCAUUUUAUAAAUGCCAGUAAUAUGUCCCUCUUUAUGCGGUCUCCUUCCAGUGCAGAGAGUUGCCAUGCAACUCUGUGUAAAAAUUAGUAUUUGAAACGAAAUUGCCAUGUAAAGCCAUAACAUCAGCACAGUGCAGGUGGGGUAAUCUAUAGUAACCUCUACCACUUGUACUACAUAAUGUGUGCCACUACCACAGUACCAUCUUGCUUCACCCUGCGUUUUCUUCCAGCUCUUUCAUUAGGGGAGUUCACUGAUGGUGCAAAUAACACACAUAAAUUUUUAUUCACAUACAUUCUAUACAUUGGUUUGUAUAGAAUACUCAUAUAAUCUUUAUAUAUAGCUCUACAAAAAACUAAUAGACAGCAAAAAAUACUUAACUUUUAUGAGCUGUAGCUUCCCAGGUGGUCCCAAAUCACUUUUUUUUUUUUUUUAAUAUAUCUUUGAUAUAAUCUUCUGUAUAUUAAAGAUAAUAAACCCUGCUUUCUAUAUUAGACAUGUGUCCUGCUCUAUACAGAUACCGACUUACCGACCAGGUUCCGUUCUUACGACCCGGUUGUAAAACUAAUUGGUUUAUGUUUCGGGAAAUUUUCCCGAACAUAGAUUAGACUGAUUCCCUGCUCUGCUGCGCUUGUCUUUGUAUGGAAAAAUGAACCCAAACGUACAUAUACGCACCAGAGCAGGGAAUCCCUCUAAUCUAUGUUCAGGGUAAAUUCCCCGAACAUAGAUCAGCUCUCUAACGUAGGGAAUCCCUUGAAAUCCCCACGCUAGAGCUGAUCGUGAGUGCAAACAGGUAGGUCGUAAAGAGAGGACCACAUGUGUACUAUAAAUACGGCUUUUCUUCUAAUGCAGAUAGGAGUGCUGCUCUGUGCUUCAUAUGCUUAAGCACUCAUUCUCUAAUAACUAUAUCAGAGAGGUUGAUUGAUAUUUUUUAAUAUUUAUUUCCAAGGUAAUGUACAGUUUAUAAUGGAUAAUGCAGUCACUGUUUGUCUGUGAAAAACCCUUAUUGUCAGCAUUCUUAUCAAAUGGAUGCGGAAUACUUCUUGACAGAUACAUACACAUUAACCGUUGAAAUUGAAUAUCUGCCACAUAUGGCAUGUAUUAUACGUGGAUGAUGAUCAAUAAAGUAUUGUGUGCACAAUCGAAUAGAAAGCUUACAGUAUCUCUGGCUAAUCCCCUAAUGCAUAGGUGUCCAUGCAAUAAGGAUAGGAUGUCACAAGCAUUCAGUGAAGAAGCAGGUUACCAUGGACAAUGAAAUGGAAUUGAGAAUAAUUCACUUAUCGAUCUUUCAUUCACCAAAUUGGUCUGUAGGUAACAUUUAGGAAUGUUCCACAGAAAAUACCUCUAGACAUUUAUUUACGUGAAAUUGGCAUGGGAGCUGGCACACACAGGCAAUUAUGCCCAAGUGCUGUCCUAUCUGUGGUAAUACAUAAGCCUACCCAGGAUAGGUCUCAAAAUCAACACAGUUGGUAGGUUUGACCUUGCAGUGAAGCCAUUUAAUUUUCAUUGCGGAUUCAAGGAACAAUGUGUUUAAAGGGACAAUAUAGUCACCAGAACUUAUUGUAUUUGUUCUGCUGAGUAGAAUCAUUAAUUUCAGGCUUUUUGCAGUAAACACUGUCCUUUUAGGAGAAAAUGCAGUGUUUACAUUACUGCUUAGGGAUACCUCCACUGGCUACUCCUCAGAUGGCUGGUAGACGUGCUUCCCGGGGCAGUUCUGCACCCUCUGCAUGGAGACACUGAACUUUUCUCAUAGAGAUGCAUUGAUUCAAUUGAUCUAUGAUGAGAUGCUGAUUGGCCAGGGCUGUGCUUGGCUUGUGCUGGCUCGGUCCCUAAAUAUAGUAAAAAUCUUACUUGUAUUCAAGUCUGAAGGUGCUCACUCUGCCUAUGAACUGCCUUUGUCUGCUGACAUCAGAAGUGGUGGCCUGAUCCAAUCACAAUGCUUCUCCAUAGGAUUGGCUGAGACUGACAAAUAGGCAGAUCAGGGACAGAGAUUAAAACACAGCCCUGGCCAAUCCGCAUCUCCUCAUAGAGAUGAAUUGAAUCAAUGAAUCUCAACGAGAAAAGUUCUGUGUCUGCAUGCAGUGGGAGGAGAUACUGAAUGGCAGUGCUGCUUACUCUGCCCCAGGAAACCUAUCUAGCAGCUAUCUGUGGAGUGGCCAGUGGAGUUAUCACUAGGCUAUAAUUUAAUGUAAUGUCUCUGAAAAGACAGUGUUUAUUGCAAAAAGCCUGAAAGGAAUGAUCCUACUCACCAGAACAAAUGUAAUAAGCUGUAGUUGUUCUGGUGACUAUAUUGUCCCUUUAACAAAAUCCUGUUGGUUUGUGAAGAAAAAAUUUAAAUCCGAAUAACGAAUUAAUUUUUUUUCCAAACUUUGUGCCCUAAUGGUUUGCUUUUAUGAAUCUUAAAAUGCCUAUUUUGGCUAAGAAUUUUGAAUGGAACCUUGUUUUUCUUUUCAGCAGUGAAAGCAAAGUAUAUUGACAGAACUGUAAAAAAGAAAUACAAAAUUCAAAAAAGGCAGGAAUAGCAUGACUUCCGGAGAGCUUCCUCACCUCUUCAUACCUGUCCCUCAGGGAAUAUUAAAAGAAUCAUAAACGAUAGCCGUGUAAUCCAAGGUUUACAGCUUAUUAAAAGGAUGUUCCAGCCUGAAUUUUAUGGUCCACUUUGACAAGUCUGGUGUAUUUCAAACAUAUUUCCUAUAGUGGAGCAAAAUAUAUGUAAAGGUGCAAAAUUCUGCAGAAAAAUAAAUUCAUGCUCUGCUUAUUAGUUCACCAUGUUGAUUAUGCUUUCAAGUCCCAUAUUGCAUAGUAGUGAUAUCAUCCAUGCAAAAAGUUUGAUAAAAGUCGGUAUGGCAGAAACCUUAUUUAUGACACCAUAAAGGAUCACUUGGAGAAUUUAGCUGGAUAUUUCUUUUCAUUAUUUACUGACUGUGGGUAGAUCCGGUAUCCAUGCAUGAUUUGAGGUGGGCAUAGUCCUAAUUGUAUUAUGAUUAUAGAUGUAUAAAACCAAAACCUGCAUUACUUAAAAUAAAAGUGGAAAGCAAAGUUUCUAAUCUCAAAGUUGUAUUCAGCUUCCCACAGAUCACCUCCCAGAUGGUGGUCUUGUAUAGAUAUAACAAUAUACAAACGAGAACACUUGUGAUACAGCUGAUACGUUCCUAAGAACAAAUUAAUAAACAGAACAUAGUCAGGGGCGUCUUAAAGGGGAGCAAACUGGGCAGCUGCCCCGGGCCCAGUUACUUAUGGGCCCCCCCUGCUGGCAUCCAAACCCUAUGGGCUGCGGCACAUGAUGUAAUCAGGGACACCUGGCCCUUUAAGAGUGCUCCAAACUGGGCCCCUUUUUAAUGUCUGCUGGGAAGAAGUGAGGUGAGAUCACUUCCUCCCAAGUAACAGUGCUGAUGGGGAGGUGCAGGAGGAGGAGAGGGACUGAUGAUGUCAGACUCCCAUCAGCCUUGGCCAUCCAGCUCCCACUGAAACCCAGUGAAGUCACCCUUCUGUACCCAAAAGGUAAGGAGACGGGGGUGGCUAAAAUUAUAUUGAUGGGUGUGUGUGUGUACCUGGGUCUGAGUCAGUGCAUCUGGCUAUAUGUGUGUUUAUCUUGCUCUGGCUGUGGUGUGUUAAUUGUGCUGUGUGUAUUUGUGUGUGUGUCUGGCUGUGUGUCCGUGUUUAUCUGGCUAUAUGUGUGUUUAUCUUGCUCUGGCUGUGGUGUGUUAAUUGUGCUGUGUGUAUUUGUGUGUGUGUCUGGCUGUGUGUCCGUGUUUAUCUGGCUAUAUGUGUCUAUCUGUGUGUUUGUGUGUGUACUUGUUUGUCAAUGUGUGUUUCUGAGCGAGUGUGUGUGUGUGUGUAUAUAUAUAUAUUUUUUAUAUAUAUAUAUAUAUAUAUAUAUAUAUAUAUAUAUAUAUAAUAUGUGUAAGUGUGUAUGCGUGUGGCAAUGCAUUCAUCCCAGCAUUCCAAUGCCACCACUGCACACACAUACACGAACACUGCAUAGAUAUACACCCCUGCAUUCUAACACUGCACACAAAUACACUCAUGCGUUCCAACAUUGCACACAAAUACACCACUGCAUAUGUGUCUGUGUUCGUGUUUGUGUCGUCCGUGUUUGUGUAUGUGGCAAUGCAUACAUCCCAGCAUUGCAACGCCAACACUGCCCCUGCAUGUGUAUCUGAGUGUGUACAUAUGUCAGUGUAUCUGUGUGUGGAUGUGCCAGUGUGCAUCUGUGUGUGUGUGCGCACCAGUGUCUGUAUCAAAGUUUGUGUAUCUGCGUGUCAAUGUUUAGUGUAUAUCUGUGUUAGUAUGUAUGUGCAUACAUCCAGGCAAUUAAACACACCGCUGCAAACACAAUCAUUAUAUACAAACACACCCCUGAAUUCAAACUCCAAAACUGUAUACAAACAUGCCCUUCACUCACACAAAUAUUACACACAAAUGUACAUCUGCAUUUAAGACACUACAUACAAACACACCCCUGUAUGCAAUUACAAAUGUUGCAUACAAACACACCCCUAUAUUAAAAAGCUAAAAUGAUAUACAAACACCAACUCUACACACAAAAGCACACCUGCAUUUAAAAGUCAAUACUACAUACAAACGCAAAAACACUACACACGUACACCACUGAAUUCCAAUGGUAACAGUACAUACCAAUACCCCUACAUGCACACACACACACACACUCUCUAUACAAAAACAUGCUUACAUUCAAAUUCUCAAAUACAACCCAACAAGAAUGGCCAAAUGGUAGAUCUCCAGCUGGCAUAGCAUUGUGGGAAUUGUAUGACCGAUGGGUAUCAUCUUUUCUCCACUCUUGCGCUAGAGGGGAGACGCAAAAAUAAGUCUACAUUAGUUCCACCACUGAUUGCUUGCCAGGGAGCUGGGGGUUGGGAGUGGGGGAAUUAGAGCAGGUUCCAAGGGGGGCCCAAGCAAAUACUUGCCCAGGGUCCAAUCGAUAUUAAAGAUGGCCCUGAACAUAGUGUAAUAUAGUUUAAAACAACAAUCACACAAUUUUAUGUAACACUCACAAAUGUGUAUUUUUUUUUUAAAGAGCUUCUAAGGUGCCCUCCCCAAUGGUAAUGGGGGGGGCUGUAGCCUUCCAACGAUCACUGCUCUCAACCAUGUUCAGACAGAAGCUUGAAAGACCUGGUAGGGUCAAAACGUUGCUGCUCUUGCCCCAAUAAAUCCUGCUAACCGUUUAUAUGAUAUGCUUUCCUGAAGUGUUUUCAAAGAUUUGUUUUUGAAAGGGUGGAGACUGGGUGAAAGUCUAACUGAGAAGUAACCGGGUGUUCCACAGAAAAGGUGCAACCCUUGAGAAGUGUUGGAGGGGAGCAUCAGAUGUGGGAGUAUGGACAGUGGAUAGGCGUAGGUCUUCGGCAGAGUGCAGGGGCCUCGACGGGACAUAUUUGUGUAUUGGGGAGGAUAGGUAUACAUCUAAUAAGUGCGGAUACAACCGCCAAAUGCUCUAUGGAAGAAGUAGGUUUUCAUAUAUCUCAUAUAUUUUUGGACCGUGUUAUGUAUACCGGAUUUCUUUUUUUGUUGUUGCUAUUUUUGUCAUAACCAUGAUGUUUUAUAUUGGUAUUUGGCUUUCUCCACUAUUUAAUCUGAACCUGUUGAAAAGAUUGUGAGGCAAAGGGAUGCUAUAUACUCUCUAGCUAGGUAUACUAUAUAUAAAUUGUUCUGUUCAUUUUUUUUCUCCUUAAGAAUAUUGGUGAGGUCAAAGGGCUAGUGUGCCAACUCAGCAUUUCAUCCAAAAAAGGAUAAAAUAACCGUUUCUUUUUCAGAAUUGGCUAUACUAGAGGUUGAGGCAAUAUGGAGCCUUCAAUUUUGAUUAAACUCACAGGAAUUAAUUGGGUUUUCAAGCAUGGAAUAGCCCCUGAAUGGCCACAUUCUGGGAAUUCAACUAGCUAGUUCAGAGAUAAUUAAUUUGGCCUCUGGCUCUAUGAAUUGCUCGAAGGAAUCACAAAAGUAAUCAAUAAAUAAAACCAAGAGUCCCCAGGUUCCUCCAAUAACUGCAAAAAUGUAAAGACUGGCUCUCUCCUCUUACAUAAGCAGGUCCCUCCUGAUUUAUGUCAGGUCCAAUAGAGCCAAACAUUAAGUAAUCUCACAUCUAACCACAUAGGGAUAGGAACUGGUAGUAAGAUUCAGAUUAGAUUUGUACAUAUGUUAAUGCUGAAAUUCUGUGUUUGAUAAAUUCCAUGAAUCCACUUCCUUGUGUGCACACAAUAGGUCUGAUAAUGGGAGAGGUUCAUCAAGGCAAAAUUCAUGCUAUGGGGCAAAAUACCAAAUAAUAUUCCAAUUGCCAUGGAAUCAACGUAUAUCUGUUUUUUUUUAACUUUUUUGGAAAAGAGUUUACGAGAGCAAAAUGUUUGCUAUUUUGGUUAGAGCAUGCUAAAUGUUGAGGGAAUUUCUACUGGUCCUUAAUUAGCAUUUUGUCCUAGUGUACCAUCGGUUUUUGACUUUAUAAAUGUCUACCUUUAUACUGGUAUAACACAUGUGUAUGUCUUGAUAAAUCUUCACCAAUACCAAUAAAGAAUUGUUCCUCACUGAAUUAAGUCUAUACCGGUAAAGAGCAUGUAAAUCCUUCUGCAAAGAACGAAUACUUCACCAUUGCUUCCAGGCUAUUAAUGCAGUACUUUUCAGUCACAUUUAUGGAGAUUUUUGGGCUGGGUUAUCGUAACAUAGACAGUCACAUUCAGUUAGAGAUUUCUGCAUAACUUUGCAGAUAGAAUAUGGGGAAGAGCAAACACGAGACUGGGGAGAACUUUUUUUUUUUUUUUUUUUUUUUCACAUAAAUCCCCAACCCUACACAGCCCAUCCAAAGUAAUUGAUUCUGCUGCUGGUGAUAAUAGAGAAAACUUAUGUUAAUAAAAAUGUUAAGAGUAACAUCUGUCAUCUAAAUAUUUUGUCUUUCAGGCAACAUGGCGGCUUCAUUUUGGUGAAACUAAACACUUAUGAUCAAAAUAAAUUGCCUGAGGUGAGAUGAGGUCUGUAUGCAUAGGUCUGGAUUUGGGGGAUUAUACCUUACUCUGAUUCCAAUUAAGAAAAUACCAGUUAUUCAGCUUCUUGACAUGAGGAUUAAAUGCUAUUUGAAGGGUCACUGGGGAUAAACAUACAUAUCGUUUUGUAAAACCCCACUAGUUUAGCUUCCCAGAUGUCUUUUCAGAUUACUCAAGAUUCUCAAAUAUUUCUCCAACUGAAUUUUAAACUGAAUGUCGGGAGUGACAAUCUGCUGUAUGAUGUAGAAGAUGUACUAAGGUUUAAAAAUGUGGGGAAGCUUAUUUUAUAUAAGCGAGAGAAAACCCAGUCUAUUCUUAUUUCAUACAUGCACAAAGAUGCUUAAAAUCUCUUACUGUGUUGUGUCCCUGCAGAAAUUUAUUGGAAACUGAAGUCAGGGUUCCUUUUACACAAUUUAUAUGUGGGUUUAAUGUUCAUCUCGAAAUGUUCCAGAUUCUCCAAUUUUUUUGUUAUUUAAAAUGGAUAUCAUAAAAAUCUAGAUUUCCCUCUGUAACCUCUAUAUUUUUUUCAGAAUGUGAUUAAAUUUUUUUGUAGCUGUUCCAAAAAAUGGUAAAUAGUGCACGCUAAAGUUAUUUAUGUAGAGCUUCUCAGAGGAAUUUAUGUACAAAUUGGUUGGUGGGAAUUGACUUGGGUUGAUAUGGACUCGUAAAAAGGGGCGUUGAAAAAAUUUGCAAAUGAAAUGCAAGCAAUUGGUUGGAGAACACAUCACAACUCACUGUUUAGUGAAUACAUUCCUGAGUGUCUAUAGCGCUACAUAAAUUGGAAUACUGGUUAAUGCACCCAAGAACAAGUCUCUUCAAUCUCAUCCAAUCUGGAUGGUAUUGAUAGGCUUAGAGCUGUGGAUGAGCUAGCACAUUUAAAAAAAAUCUCUAAUGUAUAGGUCUAAUUUUUUUCAGACUUGCGUUAUACAUAAUAUUUGCACACAUUUCUCAGAUAUGAAAAACAGAAAAGGAUUCUUGCAUGCAUAAAAUAAACUUGAAGAGUCAGUAAAAGUUAUCUGGCAGGACAGGUAUAAGACCCAUGCAUGGGAGGAGAUAGUAGAGCUCUGGAUUUUGAACUGGUAGCACAUUUUUGGCACUUUUGGCCUUAUUUCAAGCUUCCCUCAUCUUUCCUGUCUCCCCAAUCAGGUUUCCAGCUUUUUUUUUUUUUGUAUAAUCGCCUUUAUUAUAUUUGACCAGCCUUUUCCUCCAUCUUCCAGUCUUUCCCUAAAUAUCCCUUUAAUCAAGAAUAUUGAUUCAUCAAUUGCAACAUUAACAGCACUAGACCUAGUUAAAAAAAAAUUAUUACAAAAAAAUAUAAAAUGUAUCCAGAUAACAUUACCAAAUUGAUAAUCUUAUGGUGGGCAAUGUAUUGAUUGUUGCAUCUUCUAUUCCUUGAUAGUACGUCAUCAAAUAUACCAUUCCUUAAAGAGUUUUAUAUCUUGUAUUGGACAAUAAAUGUUAUGAACUGUCCCUCCAACAACACCUCCAUUAAUAGACCAAUUAAAAUACCACUGGAAUGUAUGGGAAGCAAUAAAAAGGCAGUCACUCAAGACCUAUAAUUGACUGGUCUUAUUAGAUUUUUAUAGAUGUUAUACACCUUUAAUGUUUUAAUAUACAAUCACUAAUAUUGUAAUGCUAUGUGUGAUUGUGUUUUUUUUUUUCUACUUAAAAUGUGGAACAUUUUUCAAAUAUUGCUAUAAUAAUCCUUUGAUUAGAGACCACAUUUUCUCUAUGGAAAAAUUAAAUCCAUUAGCUACUAUAGGUUCCAGCCCCUAUGCAUCUUGCUACAUUAAGCUUCUUAAAAUAGUUUCUGAAUUCUUAUUUAACCCCUUAAGGACCAAACUUCUGGAAUAAAAGGGAAUCAUGACAUGUUACACAUGUCAUAUGUCCUUAAGGGGUUAAUCUUCGAUGGCUGUAUGCAGCUGUUAAAUAAUCUAUGGUAGAUUUAUGCAUUCGGGUCCAAACAAUUUGUGAUUAGUCCAAAUUUUUGGCAUCAAUUUAUUUGUCUGAAAUCCUGAACGUCUAAACCCUAUUUGGCAAAUCACCACACAAAGAAAACAGGCAAUGGACGAAACCGCUUUAUUUGGAGUUCCAUCUGUGGUACAAAAAAUAUGAUCUACUGUAAAUGGCAAGAGUGAAUCAAUGUGUAAAGGAGGAAUAACCCAAGUCUAAAAUAGGUAAAAAGAAAUGGUUGGGUAAGAUCUCACCAAAUUUGGGCAACAAUGGCUGGUUAAUCAGGAUUCAGUUACCCAUACCUCUAUAAAAUAAAACAUUUAUAAAAAAAAAAUGCAUAACUAUUAAAAGAGGAUUUGUUCACUAAACAGGAAAGUGUUGAAAAAUUAAACCCUGUUAACUAAGCAGAAUUAUAUUUCCAAUUCUACUAUUACCAGCUUAUUUUAUCCCCUAGAUUCAGCAGACGGCAUGCCAGUAUUUAAUGAUGAGUAUUAUCUUCUAACCUGUUUUUGUAGAUUUUGUCUCAAUAUGCCAUAGUACCAGGCUUUGUAAGAGUUUUAGUGAAACCCACAGAGUGAUGUCAUGACAUUAAUUGCUUCCUUAAUAUAAUGUGAAUAUUGGGCACAGAGCACAAAUAAAAUGCUUGUCUCUUUGAACAGUGUUCUUCUUAAUAACUAACAUUUUCUAUCAGUAAAUCCUACCCCAGCUGUGAGGGGAAAAGUGGGUCACUGCAUGUGAGAUUUUCUCUAUGCAGCUCAUCAGUUGAGGCUGAUCAUGAAGGGGUUACAUUAAUCCCCCAUAUUACAAUGCUUUACAUCCUUUCUGCAUCCAUUACCCCAUCUGUGCUUAGUCGUUUUUGUAAGCGCUUUUUUUGUAUGUUUUUUUGUUUUAGCUUAUUUUUUUUAUUUACAUUUAAACUCCUUUGACACCCAGACAAAAAGAAGUGAAGAUCCGUAAUUGACAAAUUUAUUUUUGGUGUCUCAACAUUUUUAACUAGAAUUUGGAUUUACUAUAGCAACGUGAUGAACGUGGUGGAUACUUAAAAUUAGAACAGGAAUUACUGAAAAUCUCCUUAAAUGAACACUACAGGCACCAUUAAAAUCUCAAAUUGCUUAACCCCUUAAGGUGAGUCAGUGCCAGGGAUCUCCUGGCACCAUAACUUCAUAUUGAUUAAUUUUUUAAUGGCACCCAAACUGGUCCUUUAAGUAAGUUUGACUUUUGGUUCUGGCAAUAACACAAACAUGACAAAUGUAAUGUUCUCAAAAUUGAUAAUAUUGCUUGCAAUGAAGGUCAAAUAGCUAAGCCAUUAGUGCUCUGGUAUAUUUAGUAACUGUUUAAUAUUUAGGAUUAGAUGUUGGAAAAUAUUUGUCCAAAUUUUAGUAAACCUACUAUUUUGCAACAAUUAUUUAUAUGCUGUAUAAAAUAUAUACAAUUUUGACAUGGUCAGAUUCAAAGUGCCAAAAACAUACUUUCUAUUAGUUCCAGAACUGGCCUCUGUUGCUAAUGAAGAUCCGCCCCACUUUGCCCAGCAUUUACCUCCUUUUAGUGCUGGUCAUUGUCCAGUAAAAUUCAUCUUGGAUAUGUUGAGUGCAAAUCUUUUGAGUGUAAAUUUUUUUUGUAAAGUGUGUGUGUGUGUGUGUGUGUAUAUAUGUGUGUAUAUAUAUAUAUAUAUAUAUACACCGUUCCCUUUAUCAAACAAUUCAAUUUGGUUGGCCCUCUUUUUACAGAACUACCCGAACGUCUGUUCCCCUACACCACAACCGACUUAUGCCGCUACUACUAUAACUCUGCUUACUGUCCCAACCACAAAUAUAUAUGAGAAAACAGGGGGCUGGCUGCACUCACCUGAAUAUGCAUAAGUAGGGUGCUGCUGGGAGCCAGUUUACACACACUUUCUCUCUCUGUUUUUAGGUCUCUGCUAUUGCUAAUCCUCAUUUAAACAAUCCUUGAACUAACAAACUAUUGUGGACUUCAUUUUUUUUCUCACUCAUGCUCAGCAUAUUCUACAUAAGCUGUUUAGCAAGUUGUAUAAUUUCACUUGACAGACUGCAUUGGUAGUCGAAACGUUGCAGUGUUCCACAUGUUCUAAUAAAGGUGCCUGAAGACUCUGGAGUGCCUGGACCCUUUUUCUAUUACUGGUAUUUAUCUUAUAGGCUUGUGCUGUCCAUUGGUUCAGCUAAGCAUCCUGUCUGAAUGGAGUGUGGUUCCUUUUACAUCUUUUGCAAUUUACCUAUGUGGUUAAUAAGUUCUAAGCUGAUGUAUCUGCUUAGUGACUCUUGUCUUUGAGCAACAAAUGCUUCUUCCUUACUACUGAAUUUGAAAGGGGGAACCAGUAUGCAUCAUCAUGUUCAGGGGGCAUUCUCUGCUUACACACUCAGCGGGAGAAUACAUGAGGCACGUGUUCCUCCAAUGUCCAAAUGGAACCUCCAACCCUGAUGUCUCUGCUUACAUGCUACACUCCAUAAGACUGCAAAAUUGGCUAUUGAAUACCUUGGAGGGCUUAAAGGAAUCCAAAUCCUGUGCAUGGAACCCACCUUCUGUCCCCUGUUGCACAUUAGGCCGUAGUUUAAAAAAAAAAAAACCCUCUGCGUCCAAUGUCCAAAAAAGUAAAGCUUUCUAUUAGGACCUUAGAAUAAUUUAUAUAUAAUUCCUUAAUGGAGAUAAACCUCUACGAAUGGGAUUUCUAAAGUGAAAAUGUUUUGAAGAGUCUCAUGGCUCUCUUGCGAUGUUGCCCAAAUAUCGGUUUAUGUCCAUAUAUGACUCAUGUUUCUACAGUGUAUUAGAUUUUUAACCGUUUUAUUCAGAAUAGUACCCUAUAAAACCAGUACCUCUAAGUACUGCUACUUCACAUUUUAUGUAUGAUUGCCAUCCUAUGGCUAUAGAACAUUACAUUUUUAAUUUUUUUUUUUUAUUCUUGCUCUUCUGUCUGUUUGAAAUAUGAACUUAUUAUCAAGGUAACCAUCCUUUUCAUGGCCGUAUCCCCUCUCCAUGUCCUUCUCUCCCCUAAAUGUACUAUGUGGAUUUCAGGGACACUCCAUAAUCCCUUUAUUAAAAAAUAAAAAGUCCUGUAGCUUCAUUAGUGAAUGAAAUCCUUCCUUCCUUUGAUAUACUGUGGAGAGUAGUUUUCUGAUGUUGCCGACACGCCGUACGAAAGCUUUCAAUAAUGAAUUGAUCUUAUCACCCUGUCAGAUGGGGGCCUGUGUGUUCAGCUCCAGUCUCUCCUCCAUCCCUGAUCCUCUUCCCUAUUAAUCCUGCACGCCCCUCUCAGAACAUUAUCUCCCUGCUUGCAGCGUGGAAGGCGGUUUUAUCUCCCAAAUGCAGUUCUGGAUAAUAAUAUAUUCACUGGGAAAAUGAGACGUGUGGAAUUUUGAAGAGCGGUGGCUGGUUCAUUAGAGUUGCAGGAUUAUGCCCUACAAAAAAGAACAUGAAUUAAAAAAAGAAAGCAAAACAUUAACCCCGUUUACUGAAAGAGUGCCUUGAGACAUUCUAGAGUUCUUGUGAUUCAUGUAAUUAAGCUUUCCAGUGAUCAUUGUAUCGGGCAAAGCAAGGAUCUAUUAAAAAAUAAAUAAAAAAUAAAUAUUUUUGGAUAAUGUAGACCUUCUUGUUGGUUAAGGCACGAUUUGUAAACCUAUCAAAUUUAGAGCUUGAUAUGCUUAUUUCUUUCCCGUAAACAGUUUGCUGGGAACUCCUGCAGUGCAAGUAUAUAAUGCCCGAUUUAAAUGUAUUUUUUUUUAGGUAGGCACGCACAUAUGCUGGAGGCCACAGUGUGUUAUAAUAUGACAGGAUAAAAUAAGCAUCUAGUCUGCUUUUCCGCCUUUAUUCUCACUAGUUCUUUUUUCAUUUUUAAAAUUUCAGUAAUAUACAGUUACAGCCUUGGUGUUCUUGGCUAUCAUUCAGAAGUUCCCGCUCAAGAUAUUUAAUUCAACACCACAAAAUGCAUUUUCUACAUCGAGUACAUUUGUGGGACUUGACACGUGUCUUUAUUUUCAUAUAUGGUACAUUUUGAGUAUAUACACUUUUUUUGUUUCCUGUAUGUAAAAGCCUUCAAUAAUCAUAUACCCACACAAGCCUAUCUUCCCUUGCUUUGGAAAAAAAAUUAAGUAGCGAUACCGAACUUUGUGAAAAAUGAUUGUCUGUAGAACAAAUGUAGUGCAGAUUUAUUCACGUAAUUAGAGCAAGGCAUGCCCACCACGGUAAGUAGCAGUGACAAAAUCAUUUCAAACUAAUCCUUGCCUCAUGCAUAAAAAGGAGGGGCAGGGGAGAUAAAUCAAAAUACCAAACUGCAUGCAUUUUGCAUUAAAAAAAAUUACCCUACACAGUCAAUAGUCAAUCUUAAACUCUAGGAUUAUUGGUCUCAAUAGGACUUUUCAGCAUGCAUAACUGUGCCAAAACUUUUCACAUCCAUGUUUUUAUGACAAAGUUUUGGUCUAAAUGUUUUAGCAGAUUUUUUUUUUUUUUUUUUUUAACUCCAGAUUGGUUACCAAUGCAAAGUGUGAAAAGUAAUUUGCUCAAUAACAAAGCUAUUGUAUUUAAUAAAAUAUUUAGAAUUCUCUUAAAUGACAUACAUAUUUAAUAUUUCACAAGUAAGGCAUAGGAACGUUAAUCUAUGUAAACUAAUGGAAACCCUAAUGCCUAGCCCAUAACCCUAACUCUAUCCUCCAUUAAACCUUAUCACUAAUCCUAACCUAGACUUCUAAUGCUUACAUCUUCCAUUAAUCUUUGUAAGAUGGAGGCUCAGAUGUUGACACAAAAAUGAAUUUUUAUUUAUUUUUUUAUCAUCCUCAUUGAAAGCCCCACUUAUUCUAUAAAUAUCAAUUUAAUGUAUAUUCAAAAUGUGUUUAAUUACAAUUAUAUUUAAUCUAGAUGUAAAAGUAAGAAAUACUGGGUAAUUCCAUUGUAACAACCAAGGUUUUUCUAAGACUCUAAGUUUAUUAGUAAAAUAGAUUUCCACCAUGCUUUGUGCUUACUUUCAGGGAGGCGGGUUUAACUUUAUGCCGGAACUAUUUCCACAACCAAACAUCAGUGUGUAGUAAUUGUGGCUAGUGUUGUCACCCAGUUUGUGUCAAACCUUUUCUUGCACAAUGAUGCUGAAUAUGGAGAUAUUUAAAUGUCUUAAGAAGGAAGCACCUCUGGUGGCCAUUUCUAUGACAGCCACUGGAGACUUGUUUGAUGCAAAAUGGGUUAACUGCCAUUUCUCAGAAUUGGCAAUGUUUUACAUUGUCCAACAUGCACCAAAAUACUACAUUGUACACAAGAUGUUGUGUUUUUGGUGCUUUGUGUCCCUUUAAGGAAAAAUAGAAAUUUCUGAGUAAAUUUUUAAUUCCCAUUUUUGAUACACAUUCAAAGACUGGCUGUUCAUUAGAAUUCUAUUUCGAAACGCUUCACACUUGUGUUGAUGCUACAGCAGCAGAAGAUUUCCGGUGCAAAUAUUGUGAUUCAAAUUGAAACAAUUGGUCUUUAAGGGCUCAAUCAGUGCCUAGUACCAUGAAUCCUUCUUAGAAAAUGUAAAGGUGGCCCUUAUUCCCACAAGUCGGAUAGCCUAGUAAGAUUUGUCUACUUUAUUGAUGACCACUGCGUCUCCUAGAUAUAAUGAAACAAUUUAAGCAUUGCACCAUUGUCCGAUAAAAUAAAAACACAUUAUGUGACUAAUGUGUUGCAAUCCAAGAAAACCAUUGCGCUCAUCUGCUGACCGUUCAAUUUAAAGACACAAUAAACCUUAUUAAAUCAGAUCUAUUCAUUAAUUUUAUGAAUAAAUGCGAUUUUUGUUUUUCACAGAAAUACUCCGUUAACUGGUCAGCGGGAUAAAUGGAACUGAUCAGAUAGUAUUGAGCAUUUAGAAAAGUGAAACACAUUGUCUUUUCUCCAGGCACCCAUGUCUCCAAACGUUGGACAACAGAUGGUCAGUAGAACAAUUAUAAAAUUAUUUUGUAUCUGAGGCAAUGCUUUCAAAAUGAGGGUAUUUGUGCUAUGCAGCAUAAAAGAUUGUAUAUACAACAGAUUUAAAGUCAAUUUAUUAAUGUAUUGAAAAUAGGACAAGGGGUGAUUGGAUAAAAGAGAAAAAGGAGCAAAUUACAGAAUGAAUAACUGUAUAUUACAGGAAAUAAUGCCAUUGAGUUUGAAUUAGAUUGUUGAACAUCUCCAGAACUGUAAGAUGGCAUGGUUUUUCCAUAAUACAUAACUUAGCAUUGUGUAUCUUUCAAUUGAUUAUUUUAGGUCCAUGACCGCUUAAUUCAAAGGGAGCCCCUACAUGUCUCAUGAUCUAAUCAUAUGUGCUCUAAUACCAGUCAUGGUACAUUGGUAGAAGACCUGUCAAACUCUAACUCCCCUGUCCCUCUAUCAAUUUCGAGUGAAUGGCUGAAGUAAUUUCUACAGCUGCUAUCAAAGAUUAUAACUCCCACUAAUCUAAUGGCAAUCAGCCAUCAUACAGUAUGGGAAAUUAUACAUACACACUUGUGUAUUACUAAACUUCUUUCUUUGCAAACCUUGAAUUUUGCUUUUCUAAGAAAAAAAAUCUCCCCGAUCCUCUAAAAUUUUAGCACAAAGACCCUAUUUACAAAGUCUUAAAAUAUACACUCCGGCUUCUGACAUAGCAGGAGUGCUUCCCCUCCAACUUGAUUUUUGGCAUUCAUGUAUAACCCCAACUUUAAAAACUGAGCUGGGGGGGGGGGACGACUGCCUUGGCUGAGAAUAAAAAAAUAUAUAUAAAUAACUUUAAACCCUGCUGCAUUAGUGCAAAGCUGACUUAGCAGUUUGGAAGACUGAAGCUCAACAAUGAAGAUCCUUCAAUUGGGUUUUAAAGAACUAUAUAGCAAGGAAUAAAUAAAAUCUAAUGGCAAAAUAUGUAUGUACUUUUUAUUUUUUUAUACACAUUCUAUAAAAUCAUAAUGUGUACUGGCUGCUGAGUCAUUGAAAUUUAGUAUUUCCUGACUUUAUAUUGUCCUAGAUAUUCAGUAUGAUGUUAGAAUAACAGAGUAUCAUAAUAUGGGGCUUAUUUACUAACCUGGAAUUGAGGGGAACCAAGAGAAAAAUUGCAAAUCUGAGAUCAUAACACCCAAGAUGUCGAACGAGCAGAAAGUCAAAUUUUUACAAACUGACAAAUUUAUUUCUCAACAAUUCCUAAUUCUUAUUUACAGUAGUCACUACUGUCUGCUUACAAUAAUGAACUAUCACCUCCCAGGAUUUUUAAUAUAUUUACUUAUAUUUUACAAACUUGUAUUUGUGAAGUGUAAAAAAUAAAAUUAAAAUUAAAUAAAUUCACACCUUUUUAUUCUGCCAACAGAUGCAUACAUCCCAUCACCUUGUCAAUCAUUGUUGUAGUCUUUUUGCUCUCUGCAACUUGCAGUCAGCAAAAAGAAAGCAGACUGAGAAGAAAUUAAACAAUUAGUGUUCUUUUAAGAUCAAAGUAGAAAGCUAUGCUCUCAGUUCAGCUGCUGUGGAUUUAAAUUUGAAAUUCACUGUAAAUUCGCAGUUUAAUAAAUAACCCUGGUUGUUUGUUUAUAUUUUUCCUCCUCAUUUGCAUUGUGUGCCUUGGCUGUGCCUAGAUUAACUAGAUUGUGAUGGUAUUUGCAAAAACGUUAAUGUAAAUGUCAACUAAAGUCUCAAGAAAAAAAAGUAACAUAAUUUAGAGGGAAUCUUGAAUGUUUUAUUCAAUUGUGUAAUUCUAUGAGAAAUGACGGUUCCCAUUUAAAGUACGAUGCAACUGAAUGUAUGAGCCACUUCUGACUGAUAAAACCAUAAAAUAAGACUGGCCCCGCACAGUCAUUUGAUUAGAGGUGUAAAAGUUUUUAGUGUGUCUAGCCACGGGAAAGAAAUUCUGUCUAUCUGUCUUUACAUUUCUCAAACACUGUGACAAUAGAAAAAUACAAAUACAUUUAAACUGGCACUUGCCAAAACAAGAGCAACCUGUACUCUAACUGCAUUUAACACAUUCACUAUUGAGAUUUAAAAAAAAAAAAAAAAAACUUGCAUCGGAAAAACAUUUCAAGUGUUUGCUGUUCCGGGAUACUUCAACAAAAUGGCAAAUUAGGUCAAUUUAAGGCAUUUUAAAUUCAUACUUUACAGAAUUCGUUUUGGGGCUUACAGAACAGUAGCUGAGGAGAGGGAUCUUUGAACGUUCUCUACUAGCAUUCUGAGAAGCGGGAACAAUCAUAGACAAACCUGGAAUAAAUGUACAGGAGCCCUAAACCAGGACUUUUCUGCUGGUUGCAUUACCCUAGACUGCAUGCAUUCUGGGGGCGCAUCACUUUAGUUUAAAAAUUAAAAUGGAAAUUUUGUACUAGUAUUUUGCAUGCACAGCUUUUCACAGUAUAAAGUGACAAUGAUUGAAUCAUUUAAUUUCGUUGGGGAAAUGCAAAUAAAGUCAAAACUAUAUCCUUUAAACAAAUAUAACUUUUUCAUUUAUAAAGAAUGUUCUGUCUAUCAUGUGUGGUACCUUCAAAGCGAUAGUAUUACGUUUUCUCUAUUUAUUUAUUUUUUAAAGAAUUUAUUUAUUUUUUAAUUUCACGUUCUUUAAACUAAAUCUGGCUGUUGGCCAAGAGCAGACAGAGAAAGGCCUCUUUCUGUCUUCAUAGAGACAAAAAUAGCUGGAAAUUACAGCAGAAACCACAAUGUUCUUGUGCCAAGAUUAACUGAACUUCAUCGAAGUUAAAUGUGGUAUAAGUUAAAGCAGUAAUUCCAGGCUGCUUUAGAAUAUGCAUACCUUUUGAUACGUGGGUGAGGGCAGGGCUCCUCUAAGCAGAGCAUUUUUUCUUUACAUCUCCUGGGAUGCACUUCCUGUUCAUUCUUGUAAAUUUUACUGCCUUUUUGAUUUCCCUGUAAUCUUCCUGUACAGUCUUAAAAUCUCAGGAAACAGACCACUUUUAGAACCGUCAAAUAUCCUUGAGUCUUCAGGUCUCCACAGUAUAUUCUCUCUGAAGGUUAACCUCUAUAUACCAGAUGUCCAUGAAGUGUGUGAACUACAUUGCAAUUGUAGAUACCCAGCACUGACUUGUGAAAAAUUUACUGAAGCCCCACACCCUUCAGUAAUGGUCCAGGUUCAGGAUGUAUUGUCACAACAAUGCUUUAUGUUGUGAACCAUCUUUAGCUUGGUUGAAUUUGAGCAACAAGUAAAAUGUAGAUCACAUCUGGGGCCUCAAAUUUAGUCUGAUGACCAUCAAAUAUAUUUUUGUGAGAUGGGGCCUCUAUGGAUCGGAUUUGUGUACCUGCACAUCCCACAUGUGCUUGAUCAGAUUGAGAUAUCUGCAUGAAUGCCAGGACCCAAGGUUUCUGAUCAGUCUUACCCAGAGCAUAAACCUGCCUCCGUUAUCCUACCUUCUUCCCAUAGUACAUCCUGUUGCCAUCUCUUCCCUUGGUAAAUGAAGCACACAUGCUCAGCUAUCCACUUGUUUUUUUGUUUUUUUUAAAAAAAAAACCUGAUUGAUUCAGACCAGGCAAAUUUCUUCCAUUGCUCCAUGGUCCAGUUUUGAUGCUCAUGCCCCCGUUGAAAGUGCUUUCAGUGGUGGACGUGGGUCAUCAUUGGCACUUAGGAAGGUGUCAUUGUGGCUUGCUGUGCAUGAGAAUUUGGAACCUCAGACCGGUCAAUCAUGCCUAGCUUUACAUUUUUCAGCAAUUUAAUCUACAGUAGCUCUUCUGUGUGAUCAAACCAGAUGGACUAGCCUUUGCUCUUCAGACCUAAAUUGCUUUGGGUGCUUAUGACUCGAAUGUCCUUCUUGGCACAACUUUUUUUUUUUUUAAAUUAUUCUUUUUUCAAAGCACUAGUCACUGCAUACCAGUAACACCACACAAGACUUGCCGUUUUGGAGAUGACCCAAUCGUCUAGCUAUCACUAGUUGUCAAAGUCACACAGAUCUUUUUGCUUUCCUCUUUCCUGCUUCCAACACCUGACUAUUCUCUUGCUCCCUAAUAUAUCUCAUCCCUUGACAUUGUAGUGUUAUAAUCAACACUGUUAGUGAUCAGCCAUAACAUUAAAACUGUAUAUAUGCUACUCCAAUCUUGAAAAAUCAUUUCUGUAUUAAACAUGUUUGCUUGGUUUGAUGGCAUUCCAAAUCUAAGUAAAAAUAUUCGGGGUAAACCUGUUAACCGCAGAACUAAGUGCCGUGGCUACUUCUGCUAUUUCCUCCAUUUAUCCUUUUCUCAAGACCACUUAAUUAUGCUAAGACUCUCUCCCCUUUCCUUUUAUUUAAAGAGGUGGGUUUUUUGGGGUGUUUUUUUUUUUUUUCUCCCCUGUUGCAUCACAGAGUACUUUAGUCAUCCUUUUCCUGGAUCUAGUUAUUUGAUCUUCGUGUCCCUUUAGAGUUAGACAAUUGUUGCUAUCUUGGUAAUCUCUAUAGGAGUAUUCCACAUAUCAGAUGUGGCUAGGUGGUAUGCAACACUGUAAUUGUUGGUUGAGCAAUAACUGUAGGUUGCUUCCUCUCUGUUAGAAUAUGCAACGCUUUAAGGGUUACUCAAACAACCUUGACCUCUUCACUGAUUUGAAGUGGUCGUGGUAGCAGGAUUAUAUAUGUCCAGUAUUUCAGCUUGAAACACUGUACAUGCAGAGUUAUUGUUAAUUGUGUGUUAAGAACUAGUUGCACCCCCCAGCACACGUGACCUUUGCACCCCAGAGUUCUAGACUGUCAUGGUCAAUUCUAGGCAGAUUGCACAGUGCCAAAAGAUGAGGAAAUCAUCCUCCCACCCACUAUGCAUUCCCUCCGGUCUCCCUCAUUGAAGAAACAUUGGUUUGUUUUUUAUGGAAAAAAAAAAGCCUCCCUCGUUCACUCAUCCAUCCUCUCCAAUUCCACCCUUUCUGGCCCAGAGCUCACUUAUGCGCUCUGAGCCAGCGAAAUGGUCCAAACACAGGCCUCUGUAUGAGAAGCCAGUGAUUGGACCACGUGAGGAGGCAUUGGAAUAUCCGUGCCGGGAGCUUCUUACAGUGCUGGAUUCCAGGUUAUACUGCAAAUCGUUUGGGGUUCUUCUCUAGAGUGCCCAAUAAGGCAUAUUAGACCGGAAAGCCCCCCUCAAAAGGGUUGGAGUAAACAUUUUAAUCCAACAUUUUAGAUGGUGCUACAGAUAUCCUUUCACCAUAUUAAAGGAGUAUAUUAAGCUGUUUUUUUUUCUAUUUCUAGCAGGUUUUUUUUUUUUUUUUUUUAUAGGAAUCUGAAAAGGAGGGGGGAUAACUUUGUCUCUUUAAAGCAUUGGGGGUAUGUUACCCUUCAAUCUUAUUUUCUAUUUGUUUUUUUUUGUUUUUUAUAUUACAAUUUUAAUUACAUUUCAUUUGUAUGUGGGGAUCCUUUAAGACUCGGUAUGGGCAUUACCGACAAUAAACCAUAAACAAAAAGAUGGUCCCUUCAUCACAACCAAAAUGGUCCCAUAGUGAAGACCUUAUUUUAGCCGUACAAACUCUAAGCGAUGCCUAGAUAUUCAAAAAAGGUGAAAGUGAAAAGUGACAUACGUUGUGCAAUCCUAUGAAAUAUGUUAAUGCUUUAUAAUUUAUCAACAUUACCAUCUUUCCUCUUGAUUUGCAGUAGGACUAGUAAGUUCCAUGUAAGCAACAUCCAACCAGUCUGUACCGACAAAUUAUUUUUUUCAUGAUAAUUAGACCUCAAAGACCAAUUUCAUGAUUACUAGCAAAGGACAAAUAGGAUUGCUCCCUGCUCCCUUGUCCUCAGUUGCUCCACCGGUAGACAUCUGUCUAACAAUCUAGUCAGGAAUGCAGCUGUUUAUAUGGAGUCCACAUGCGUUCCUUUCUCAUGGUUCAUGGCAUCACAACCGUUGCUCUGAAUCUACUGAACUGAAGAGCAGAUGUUUCCUGUUCAACGUCAUGUUGCAUUUAAAAAAACAAAACAAAAAAAAACCACUCCUAUAAAUCCAGUGCACAGAUAACAGUUGGGGGGACUAUCUGGCCAUAACAGAAAUCAUCAAACAGAAACCACAAUAAUCACGUGGGUAUAUUUGUGGUUUAUUAAUAAGAAAAAAGGGUAGUUUACUGGAGCACUGCCUUUGGCAUGGAUACAUUCAUUUAUAAAACAUGAAGCAUAUGUAAUAAAUGGAAUUGUGAAAAUAAUUGUAGCAGAUUAUUGAACCAUAUGUGUCUAGUGCAAGCCAUAACACAUUGGUCAUCAUGUAGUUUGUACCAGUCAGUUACAUAGGACCUGACUUUCUUUUAUUAGGCUAUUCAUUCCCCAUGGAAGCAGUAAACACUGUGAUGACCUGUUGAUUGCACAUAUGGUAACCGACACGAUUAUUGCAUUGAACGGAUUUCUUCUUUUGCGUAAUGUCACCCAUUCCUGGAUGCUGUGCUUCUGGUCUACACUCAUACAUGUCCUAUUGUAUCUAGCAUUUGUGUAUUCUGGUGUGCAAAAUUAGACCACCUAUAGGCCCUUUGUACACUAAUGCAUUUUAUUUUAAUAUGUUCUGUUUGUGGAGGAUUAAAUGUGGUUAGUUUGAUAGCUGUAUAGGUGGUAGCUGGCCUGCUGCUUUUACUCUUGCGGGGAAGAAAAUGCAUAUACUUGAUUCAAAAAACACUCACAAUAGCGAAGUCAACUAUUUUGAUUUGAAUAGUUAUAUACAAAUGUGUAUGAGAGGGCCAUGACCUCAUGUUAUCUAAGGCAGUGCUACUCAACAAGCUCCAGAACCACAAUUUCCAUGAUUUAUAAUCCCAAAGGCUGACAAAGCAUCAUGGGAGCUGUAGUUUUAAAUCUGUGAAUCGAAUCUAUUGCGCUCCCCUGCCUUAAAGGAACCCUAUAGUGUCCUGCAGGGGCGUACCUAGAGCAUUUGGCACUGGGGCGGACCCUGUAUGUGGCAUUCGCACACACACUCUUGGGAUUGACUGACAUAAUCAAGACUGAUAUCAGCCAUGGAAGCGAAACCAGGUAGGGCCAGUCGCAGCAAGAGCGUAAACAUCUUUUCACUGCACAGACAGGGGGACCAGUGUCCUUACUAUAGUAUCCCUCCUCUUCCCCCCCCCCCCCUUUGCUUAGUACACCACUGGUGUCAUGAAUAUAAACAUGUACUUAUAGACAGCCACAUCAGCACUCUAGGGUCACUGGCCCCUCCUGUCUGUGCAGUGAAAUGAUGUUUACUCACAUUUUUUCCCAUGCCACCCCGGUCUUGCUGUGACUGGCCCCACCUGGCUUCACCUCCAUGGCUAAGAUCAUCCAUCUUGAUGUCAGCCAAUCCAAUAAGUUCCCAUAGGAAAAAGGCCAUAUUGCGCCAGUUGGCAUGUUCUCCUAGAGAUGCAUUAAAUCACUGAAUCUCCGUGGAGCAUUUAGCGUCUUCAUGCAGCACUAAGGAAGCACCUCUAGAGGCUGCUGAGUGACUACCACUCGGUGUUAAUAUGCCGCAAUGUAAACACAGGCAGCGUUUCCAUUGAAAAGCCUGCAGGGACAGGCUAUAGCCUGUAAAAGGCCAGCGUGACAGAAAAUUUCCAUCAUGUGGAUAUAGACACCAGAACCACUACAUUAAGUUGUAGUGGCUCUGACUAUGGUGUCCCUUUAAGGUUUAUGUUGAAGAUUAAAGCAAAUAAGGCUCAUAGAUGGGCAAAGCAAUGUAUUUUUUUUUAUUUUUUGCUCUUUUUUCUGUCCUAGUAUGGUCAUGCAUUUUUAAUUUUAGAUUUGUAAUUUACAUCUUCUGUACAUUUACGUUUUGUUUUGUUUGUUUUUUUACAGGUAGUGACAUGUUUAAAACUAGCUGCAGUGUCAGAAGUGGGAGUCUUUCCAGGGGGUAAGUUGGUGACCCCCAAUGCAGGUAGAUUGUCAGAUUGCCCUUAUAGCUUUAGCACUGAAAUAACAUAAAUCAAAAUAUUUUAAAUAUAAAUGAAUCUGCAUGUCACAAUUUCUGCUUCACACUCUCUAGUAUCUGUUCUCUUCUCAGAGAGCAAUCACCAGUCAUUAAUUGCAGUAUGUAAAGCAGAAGGCAUUGAUGUGUUAUGCACAGAAAGUAUUAAUUAUCACUUAAAUACUUCACAUUCAAAUGAGCUACCGGAGUCAACCCAUGUCACUGGUCCUUUGCAGGGAGGCAUUUAACAGUGUUAGAUCUAAUCAUCACCGUCUGUAAGAAAAGCUAAAUUUCCAAAUUCCUAAAAUUUCAUAGUCAUUGCUUUCUACUCGCCUGGGCUAAAUUUUCACUCACCAAUUGCUAGUGGCAAGUGGCAUUUUGAGCUUAGAAAAUAUAAAUAGUUUAAAAUUUGAAGGCAGUGAGCCAGGCUUUAAAAGUUACUCACCACUGCAAGUCCAAAAAUGCUCAACCGCAUAAGUGUGUGUGUGUCUACAUAUAAUUUAAACCAUGGAACUAGGGUAUAUAAUGAUUAAUAUGAUGGGGACUUCAUCAAAGCAAAUAGUCUGACUAAUUUACCUAAAUCUUUAAGGACCAUAAUACUUCUACUGAGGUUACAGUUAUGUUUAACUAUAUUCAUGUCAUACACUUAUUGAAUGACUGGCAAUCUCAAAAUGGUAAAACAUCCAGGGCUUGAUUUGCAUGUCACAGAAUUCUAAGGAACCUACUCCCUUCCACCUACAAUAGGUGUUUAGUUUUUAAGAGCAGGUUAAGUAAAAUUAAGGUAAUCCUAUACAUAUGUAGCUGAUAUGUAAAUAUUUUAUAUCACUUUUUUUUAUGCCUGUACGAAUCAACUGUGUACAAAGUAGUUAAUGUCCAAAGGACCCGUGACCUGACCUACUACGUUUGGCCAAACAUUUGGCAUUCAUUUUCCCUGUAUGUUAUAAAACACUUAUUUUUUGUUCAAUGUAUGUAAACAUGAUUAAUGUUGGCUUAUUUCAGAGCUGAACAGGCGAUGUUGUACAUUCAUUUGCACCUAUCUGAUCUACAAAGUUAUUGAAACCCAUAAUUUGCGUAGAAUGAACGGCUCAUUUAGAAGCAGUGUUUGUGCGUUUCAAUUUUCCUAUGUAAAAAAACAUGUGCUAGGCUAUCUAGAUUUAGACAAAUCUCCUAAACAAAUGUUACCUCAAAAUAUAAAUAUACUGUACUGCAGAUAGGCACACCUUGUAUAUUUAUUUUGUACAUACCAUUCCACACUGACUGACCUUAACUGUGUCUGCGUGUGUGUGUUUUCGUUUAUCUCAAUUGUCUUGAGGAAUUUAUCAUGCGAAAAAGUUUACCCCAACACCAAAAGCACAAGUGAAUUUAGGUCAUAGGAGAGAAUUCCUGCAGAAACAUCGCUUUUCUGCUCCAGUUCCUUCCCUGGGCCGCUGGACGCGUAGAAAAUGCAGUCACUUAAAUUAUGUCCUUUCAAUCAGCACUGGUACACAGGCCACUGGAGACGGGCCAUAGAGCCAGCAAAAGUCCUCGCGGGUAUUCGGCAUUGGGAGGAAACUUCACCAUCUCCCCCUCUCCCUGACAAUGUGCAUUAGGAUUCCCGUGUCUAUAAAGAGAAAUCUCAUGUAUGUUUGCAACCCACCGCUUACGGCAAACAAAGCGCUUGCUUUAUUUAUAACAAGAUCUUCGCUCCCCCUCCCAAGCACAUGAAGUAAAAACAUUUACCAUAGACAAUUUCCGAUGGUCAUCGGAGGGUUUAAUUAGAUUUUUAGCAAAAUAGGAUUUGAUUUUUAUGAAAUGUAUUUGAAAAAUAUCUUCCUUUUAAAGGAACCUAAGCAGUGCAUAUAUCAUUAUAGAAACUGAAGUUUGUUUUUUUACUUGGUCAUGUAAAAAAAAAAUAGCCUGGUUGAGUGGUUACCACAGAUGUUUGCUGUGACAUCAUCAAUUUUCUAUAUUUAGGUUAUAAAAUAUGAAAACAAAGAUUAGAAAAAAACAAAAAAACAUUCAAUCUUCUAAAUGUUACAACAGCUUAAGGAAAAAAUAUUGAUAAAUAAAAAUGCUGAUGCUUUGCCAUUUAAUGUCCUACUUCUAUUUAUUUGAGCGAAUCCAAUAGACACCCAGAAAUUCAGAUAAGGUUAUAGAUGUGAGACUUGGAGUGUAAAUCAGUUGGGCAUUUUCUUCCAUGAAUGAGUGUAAUCAGCAUGAAAUUUAUCAGUAGGAAUUAACAAAAAUCUUUAAUUUCCAAGUUGCCUAAAAUCAGAGAUGAAAGACCACAUCUGUAAUGCUAUUCACCUGUUCCACAGGAGACUGUAUACAAUCAAAAAUAAGUAGCACUGGGAUUAUUUUUCCUGUUUAUUUAUAAAUUUGUCUCAUUCUAUUUACUUUUUUGUUUAUUAGCAUAUAGCGCAACCUAUAUAUUCUUUUUAUUUUUUUAUUUUUUUCGUCCAAUUUAUUUGAGGAUACGAGAGGGAACCUCAAUACUAUAGGUUGCUGCUUCCCCAUUUGUUCUUAGCUUCUACUGAUUUUUUUAGCGCUGACCCAUUACCUUUCGAUCAAAAAUAAGUGUUGCUUUCAUAAAGAUAUCUUGGCCUAAUAUGUUAAAGUAUGCAAAUCUGUUGGAUAGAAAUUUGAAAAUACCAGACAAAUCUAGUCAAUAAAUGUUUUAUUCUUUCUUUUACAGCUAAUCCAUCUUGACCUGUCAGUUGCCACCUUUGUUCUGAAAAUGAAAAUGUGUCCAGUCUUGUUACCUCCCUCACCUAUAGGUUUUUCUUCUAGAAAGCUAGGGAACAUGUUCUAAAUGAAGUUUUGUUUGUCUUCUUGUACGGAACAAUUAAUCUAUAUAUAUCUUGCGAAUAAAGCACAUGCGAUGGUUAACUUUGGAUAGGUGAUAUACAAAAUUGCUGCAAAUUAUCAUAAUCUAAUAAAAGUGGCUUUUUUGGUGAA